ACGCUCCCCGGAAGUGACGGAGGAUUAUUUCCGGGUUGGAGCCGGCGCUAUGGCGGCUGACACGCAGGUGGGUGCUGCUUGAGGCGAGGCGAGGGGCGGUGCGAGGAGGCGAGAGGAAUGGAAGCGAGCCAUGGGGAGGCGAGGGCGGAAGGCAGCGGCUCUUCCCUCUCUGGCCGCGGGGCCGCGUCCUCCCUCCCUCCGCCCAGCUGCGAAGCCCCUCGGGCAGGGCUGGGGGAGGGGGAGGUCAGUAGUUGGAGCCCGUCCAGCUUGUCUGUUGGCUGUCAGAGGGGGAGAAACAGGUUCCAAGGAAGAUAGGAAGCGGCCUUAUACCACGCCAGGCGCCACCGAGCAAGAGCCCUUCUGCUAAAAAUAAAGCAAGAUUCCAGUCCUCGUUUAAAUAGGAGCCUGCUUCAUGCUUAACCAGACUGUUGGUCCAUCUAGCUCAGUGUUGUUAGCUCAGCGGCGCUCCACGUUUUCAGACAGUGACUCUUCCAAGCCUUGCCAGGAAUUGAACCUGGUACCCUUUGCAUGCAAACUAAGUUCUCUGUUGUUGAGCAAGUACCGCUCCCCAGGAAAAUAAGAAACUGCCUUAUACUCAUGGCUCUAACAAACUUCCUUUUGUGCCUUGCGUCUAGGCACAGAUCUGGGAUUUCCAGGUCCGUUUUGGAGCAGGUUUCCCCCCUUUUCCCACUGUUUUCUAUGGUGAAAACCUGCCUUUUACCACUGAAUUGGAACAAAUAGCAAUUGGGUUUCCCUGCACAUUGCUGUUUGCUCUGAUUCAGUGAUAAAACAUGGGUUUUCCUGGUGAAAGUGGCAUGGCAGUGAAACAAACCAAAAAUGCACCACUGCUUAGACAUGGACCUGGAAAUCCCAGACCUGUGCCCAGAAAACAUGGAAUGAAAAGGAGUGUGGUUGAACCCUCAGACCAUUGGUCCAUAUAGCUCAAUAUUGUCUGCGCAGAAUGGGUUUCAGACAGGAGACAUUCCCAGACGUACUUAGGGAUGCCAGGGAUUUUACCGCCCCUGCAUCUGUUUCUUACCUGCCCUUCACCAUAAGAUCCCAGGGUUACAGUAAUUUUAAAAUGUAGUGUUGAAAAUAGUUUAAAACAAAUUGAGCUUGGGAGCUGCUGCUUGCAAAAAAAAAAAUAAAUGCUGUGUAACUGAGCCACAGUUUCUAGUUCUCAUGGUUCUGAAUUAAAGACUGGUUUUAAAUAGAAGAAUAGGAAGCUGCCUUACAAUGAAUCAAAUCAUUGGUCGAUCUAGCACAGCGUUGUCUGUCUGCAAUGACUGGCAGUAGCUCUCCUGGGUUUUAGACAGGGAGUCUUUCCACGUCCUACCUGGAGAUGCUGGAAAUUUAACCUGGAGCCUUCUGCAUAGAAAGUAUAUGCGUCACCACUGAGCCUCAUCCUUUACCACUAGUUCACUAUUUUCAUGCUUACAGCAGUUCUCCAAUUGUCAGUCUCUUAUUUGACAGUGGGCAUAGCUUAGUGGUACAGCACUUGCUUUCCAUGCAGAAGAUACCAAGUUCAGUCCUCUCUGUUAGCCUGGGAAAAACUCCCAUUGGAGGUUCUGAAUAGCCUCUUCAGGGUAGCCAACAUGUUGCCCUUGAGGUGGUGUUGUAGUACUCCAACUCCCAUAGUUCCUGAGCAUUGGUCAUACUGGCUGGGGCUGAUGAGAGUUGGAGUCCAACAGCAUCUGGAGGGCACCAUGUUGACUACCGCCAACACCACAGUUAGAUGAAUCAAAGAUCUUACUCUGUUUAGGCCAGCUUCAUAUGUGGUGACAAUGUGACAAACCUGUUGGGUACCUUUGUGUUUUCUGCUAAGCGUAGUUCCUCUUGGAGCAAAUGAAAUUUGAGAAAACACAAAAACUUUUCUAAUAUAACCACUGCAAUACACUGCAUUGCGACUUUCCUGCUGGGUUGCUAGGGAAACCAGACCUACAGGUAGAGCUACGGGAGAAUAGAAGCAGAUGGAACGGGAAACAUUUAGUGGACAGACUCUGCCAGAAAUAGGCUGGAUUUGAAUACCUCCUCUGUACCGAAUAGAUGGCUUUGAGCAAACUGCUAGGAGUCAGCCUGGUCAAGCUCAUGAGUUGUUAAGGAUAAAAUGGGAUAAGACACAGGAAAGAGCUUUAUACCAUGACAGGCUAUUGGUCUACUCAGCUCGGUAUUGUCUUCACUAGCUGGCAGUGGCUCUCCAGGAUUUCAGACAGAAGUCCUUCCCAGCACUGCCUGGAAAUGCCUGUGAUUAAACCUGGGACAUUCUGCAUGCAAAACCGAUGCUUUGCCACUGAUUUUCUGGCCCAUCCUUCAACACACACGAGCAUAGGAAGAUGCCUUAUAUUGAGUCAGACUACUGCUCUAUCUAGCUCAGUAUGCUGUGGGUUUCAUAUAGCAGUCUUUCCCAUCUUUGUCUGGAGAUGCCAGAUAUUGAACCUGUGACCUUCUGCAUACAAUUCACAUACUCUCCUUUCUGACCUACAGCCACCCCCUCAUCCAUCUCUGCCUUGGCUUGUUUUCCUGACCAAGGGUGUUAUGUCAGGAGGAGUAGCUAUCCAAGGGUCUUGUUCAUUUAAUUUAUUAAAUUCUACUCUCUUUUUCUUGAUUGGCUCCCACUAGUUGUUGGCUCACUAGGAGGCAGAUCCAGGACCUGUCUGUCAUACCUUUCUCAAAAUUUGAUACUGUGUUAAGACCUUUCCCUUUCCCUUGAUUUUCUUUUGAGUCUUUCUCCCUUGAUUUCUCUCUCUCUCUCGCUCUCUCUCUGUGUGUGUGUAUACUACAAAGAAAUAAUGAGUAGUAAGGAAUCCAGUCAAAAACACUUUCAGGUGUAACUGGCAACUUGAUCUGAUGCAUGUUAAGUUUGCAAGCUGAUGCACACCUACCUGAGAGUAAGUCCCAAUGAACAUUUCUCAAGAAGAAAAAAACAUAGGAUCAGGAUCUUAGUUCAACCAAGGAGCUCUAAUGUAGAUGUACAUUGGACAUCUGGAGAGGACUAAACUGGAAACCCUUCUCUCCUUCCACCCCGACUGGCCGUUUAGGUUUCCGAAGCACUGAAGAGAUUUGCAGUGAAAGUGACCACAUCCAGUGUGAAGGAACGAAGAGACAUCCUCAAUGAACUUGCAAGAUGCAUCACUGGGAAAGGUAUUCAUAUUGCGCCACAGAAAGGCUCAGUCACUAGAAAUCUCUGGGCUAAAUCUGGCCCCUUCAUUGCAAACUCAGAAGCAAAAAAAAGUUCGUUGUUUCAUAUCCAUCUCUUGCUAAAGAAUAUGAAACAAAGUCCUGCAAUCUGAAGAUUCUCAGGGCAGCACACAUUUUAUAUAAUGCACAUCAAUACAAAGAUCAUUAAACCCUCUACCUUGUUUCAGAUCUUCCAGAAGGCGCUGUGAAGGGCCUCUGCAAGUUGUUCUGCCUCACCCUGCAUCGAUACAGGUAAGAGUGUGAGCUUGGAGUGUCAGAAGAUAUUCAGAAAAGACUAACCAAAAUAAGGGCUUGUAACAGCUGCUCUCUGAGGAAAAGUUAACAAUGUUUGGGACAUGCGGGAGGUUUUCUUCUCCCUCCCUCCCUCCCUCCCUCCCUCUGUGAUAGCUGUUUAUUGGCAUUUCUGUUUGAUUCAUGUAAAUCAAAGUUGAGAAACUUCUUUUUAACCCUGAGGGCCACAUUCUCUUUGGGGCAGCCUUCCAGGGGGUGUCAUGGACUGGCUGGAUGCAGGGAAGUGGUAGGAGCACCAGAUGGGAAGAAGACUCAGAGCCUGAGGAUUGGUGGUGGGACAACAAUGAGUGGUCAGAGGGAGAAGACUGGGAAGAGAAGGUGUCGGAAGCUGAAGCGGUAACUGGGUUUAGGGAGCAGAAAGAGGCUGUGGCAGAGAGCAGUCCAGAAGUGGAGGCUGGAGAAGAGGAGGCCAAGAGGCAGAGAUCAGACAGGCUGCUGAAUAAGCCAGGGGGUCUCCCCCUCCUGCUGCAACCAGCUCCCUUCCCCCUUGGUCACCCAGAACCAGAAGAGGUAUGAAGAAGGCAAAGCAAAGACUGACAAGGUGGAGAAGGCUCAGGGUGCUUGGGAAUAACCCCGAGGAGGAGGAGUUUCAGGGAGCCGUGGGAAGGUGUGGACCUCACAACUGUGUCAUUGAGGCAAGACCUACUGGGAAGAGUUGCUGUGCUCACUAGGCCUGAGCUGUUUUGCUUCUUUGAAUAAAGAAUUAACUUCCCCGACACCUUGUGAGUUAUUCCUGACCUGCUCCCGACUCCUGCCUCGACAGGUGGGCAGAGCAGUAAAAGUGAAUCUUACAUUUGUACAGUACGUACACUUACUUGCAUGCACCCUGCUCCAGCCUCCAUCCAGGCAAGCAAGAAGCAUUAUCAGAAUUCAAGGGCAUAUUCCAAAGCACAGACAGAAACACCCAAGAAAAGCAAAACAGAGCUGGUUUGAGGGGUGUGGUCUGGGAAGGGUGUGGGGCCUGGUAAAAGUCUCAAGGGCCAGGUAGAGAGGCUGGUGGUGGUGCACAUUUGACCCCUAUGUCGGAAGUUCUUCAUCCCUGAUGUAAACAUUUGCCAUGUUCAGUGAAAUAAUUAUUUUUAAAAGACUGUCUUAUAACAAUCCAGUAGUCGUCAUUGUUUACCUAACUGAAAAAUUACGUUAUGUGUCUUUCCGUUUCAAAGAGACAUCGAUAUUGAAGUCCAAUACUACGCAGAUUUGUUUAAAUUUACUUAAUAGGUUAAUCAGUUGAAACGUAGCUUGUUAAUAAUGUAGGCUGGUAGGAAGGUGCUUGCAACCAGAACCUUAAGGAUAAUCAGCUGAUUAUUUCUGAAACCCUCCAAUUUCUUCCCCCAUCAGAGAUGCAGCCUCCCACAGAGCCCUCCAGGCAGCGCUUCAGCAGCUUGCAGAAUGUCAGCCGGAAGCAACUGCCAAGAACCUUCUGCAGUCCCUGCAGUCUUCGGGGAUCAGCAGCAAGUCUGGGGGACCCAGGUGAGAGUCGGAAUUCAGUGCCAUGGCAUUUUUGGGAAGCAUUUCUUGAAAAGGUGGCUGUCUGCUUCCCAGGGCCCCUCCAGACACCCUCUUUAUUGUGCAUUUGUGACAAUUUGCAUUUGUAAUGGUGCUGGGGCAGUUAUAUGUGAUUCCUGCUUUCAAUGCUGUUUGCUCCUGCAAAAGCUUUAGGGUAGGCAUGCUUCUUCAUUUCCGAUCACCGCAUGCCUUGUAGCUUCCUGCCGAAACCCUGUAACUUCUUAUAUCACAGAUAUUACAGGUUGGGAGUUUUUUGGCUCAGCUUUUGUUGCACUCAGGAGAGCAAUAAUAUAACUGUUAACAUUAUUGACUGUUUUUCCUGGAGUUGAGGCCUCAUUUCCUUCUUGCUUUUUCUGUGGCAGUAAAAGCAGUGGAUCUGCGGCAUUGCAGGCCCUCUCCUGGACUUGCCUGCUCGUUCGUAUUGUCUUCCCCACACAUGAGAAGAGACAGGGAGAAACCUGGGAGAAACUGGUAAGAAACCUUGGUCUCCACUUUUUGAUAAUGCAUCGUAUAUGUGUAUAUUGCAAAGCAAUUAAAAUACAAAAAUGAAAAGCAAAAAUGAAAAGAAUUACCCACACCCUCUGCAUGAGAUGAAGUCCACAUCCCAAUCAGAUGUCCAUUCCACAUCAUAUAUCCAGAUUCCAUAGGUACACAAAGAAUGACAGAAAGUAAAGCAACCAAAAAUGCUUGUAUGGAGUAUUUUAUACUCAUUCUUCACUGUAUACAGAAUGAAGCAAAAUGGCACGGGUGGCACUGUGGUCUAAACCACUGAGCCUCUUGGGUUUGCCGAUCAGAAGGUCAGCGAUUUGAAUCCCCAUGAUGGAGUGAGCUCCCGUUGCUCUGUCCCAGCUCUUGCCAGCCUAGCAGUUCGAAAGCAUGCCAGUGCAAGUAGAUAAAUAGGUACUGCUGCUGCAGGAAGGUAAACAGUGUUUCUGUGCGCUCUGAUUUCUGUCACGGUGUCCUGUUGCGCCAGAAGCAGUUUAGUCCUGCUGGCCACAUGACCCGGAAAGCUGUCUGUGGACAAACAUUGGCCCCCUCAGCCUGAAAGCCAGAUGAGCGCCACAACCCCAUAGUUGCCUUUGACUGGACUUAACCAUCCAGGGGUCCUUUCAUUCUGCACUUCGUGCCAUUCUAAGUUUAUUGGCGUGUUUGUCAACAAGUGCAAAUUUCCAUACUUUUUCAUACCCGUUCGUUGAAGAGACCCCAUCCAUACUUUUCCAGUCAUAGUUACACUGAAGUUCAGCAACAUCUGGAGGACCAAAGGUUCCCCAUCAUUUAUACUGGUCCGUUAUCUCCUUUUUAAACAGGUGGAAGUUCAGUGUCUGCUGCUGUUGGAGGUUCUGGGUGGCUCUCGCAAGCCGGUGGUGGACGGGGCUGUGAAGAAACUGAACAGGCUGUGGAAAGAGGUAUUGUAUACAUCUUCUGAGAGCAUGAACAGAUUCUGAUUAUUUUGGUCAUGGGUGGCCAGCAUGGAACCCUCCCGAUCAUUGUUGGACUGCAACUCCCAUCAGCCCCAGCUAGCAUAUCCAGUAGUUAGAGAUUGUGGGAGUUGUAGUACAACAACAUAUCGAGAACCCCGUGUUUGAUACCCCCCAAUUUGAGCUCCUUGAAUUAGCUUCUUGGUUUUGCUGAUUUGAUGUCUUCUCCUCAGAACCCUGGGCUGGUGGAUCAGUACCUCUCUGUUAUUCUCAGCCUCGAAGCCAGCCAAGGCUACGCAGGCAUGUUGGGCCUACUAGUGCAAUUCUGCACCACUCAGAAAGAACUUGACGUCAUUAACCGAUACAAGGCAAGUACCCCAGGGCAGCCAUGGAGAAAGAUGUGACUAGUUAGCAGGUUGCCAGCCGGGGCAUGGGUUGAGCUUGCACCCAGGGUCAGAAUCAGCCGGUGGUGGAACCUUAAAUCAGGUUGUGGAGAAGUGGAUCCAGUCAGUGGCUUGCAUCCUUAUCUCCCCAACCCACAAUGCCAUCAGGUGACCUGUUUUUGCCCAUGUUGAUGAUCAAGCAGAUUUUUUGGGCUUGCAUAGCCCCUUUGACUCAGCAACAUCUUGUAGAAUUCCCUUUGUAGGGCAGGUUGGUGUGGCUGGGCCAAAUUGUGGGGCGAAGGCAGGGCACUGGUGAGCCUUAUUCGGACGGAUUCUAAGAUUUUGGAUGGAUUCUAAGAUUUUGGAGGCUCUUUCUGGUGGGGGAGGUGUCAGUCCUGGGGGAUGCUACCUUUUAAUAUCUGAAAAAGUAAAGCACCUCAAGUUCAGAUUCCUGUCUGUUGUGCAUCAAGUACCAGAAAUUCUUGCACACUUCUUUCUGGGGAAAUAAGGAUGGUGUUUGCAACUGUACCUGUGAAGGGGGUGGGGGCUCAAGCAGCGGUGGGGUCCCAAGCCUCUAAGCAGAUACUUUGUAGCCUUGGUGAACUGCUACAGCAAACCCUUGCUGUUUGUCCAGCGUAGUGGUACAUUGCUGAAUGAUUAUAACAGGUGUUCUGUCUUCUCUAGAGCGCCCUCCUUGAUUUCUACAUGAAGAACAUCCUGAUGAGCAAGACAAGACCUCAGAAGCACCUGCUGGUGAGAGAAACUCCUAGCCUUGAGCAUCUAAGGCUGCAAUCCUAACUCCACUCACAAUGGGAGUAAGCCUCAUUGAAUUCAAUAGGACUUACUUCUGUGAGUAGACAUGGUUAGGAUUGCGGCCCCAGUCAAAAAUAGUUAGCUGGCUCACUGGGUUAAGUCUGCCGCAGCAAACACAAAACAAGAGUAUCUUGGCACUUUUUAAAGGCAAGCAAAUUUAUUGUGGUGGAAGGUUUCAUGACCUAGGGUCAGCUUUAUCAGAUGAAUGGACUGUUUUCCUUAGUUGUCAGGCAUGCAUACAGAGAAAAGAACUGGAAAGCCGUGGAGGAAAAUGGCUAUGAAAUGUUUCCAGCGUUUCUGCGCUUUGCUCAGCUUAAUAAUAAUAAAUAAUAAUAAUUUUUGUAUGCCGCUCAUCUGGCUGGGUUGCCCCAGCCAUGCUGGGCAGCUCCCAACAGAGUAUUAAAAACAUGAUAAAAUAUCAAACGUUACAAGCUUCCCUAAACACAGUUGCCUGAAUACAGACAUUAGAAACAAUCCUUACUUAAAAACAACACUUGGUCUUAAUAUUGCGUUUUGAAUUUCUGUUACCUGUCCUGGAAUUUUGUGAAGAGUGGAUAAGAAAUCAUAAUCAUCAUAACAGUUAUGCUAGGUGCCGUCAUAGUCUUCCUGACUUGUAAGUUAAACACCCAUAUUAUUACUGACUGGAAGUCAGCUUGCUGGAUGGGAAUUUGUGCUCUGCCUAGGUGACCAGGCAAGUGGCUAUUAAACUGUCCUUAAUUAUUUAAGUUACAGGUAGGUAGCCGUGUUGGUCUGCCAUAGUCAAAACAAAAUAAAAAAAUUCCUUCCAGUAGCACCUUAGAGACCAACUAAGUUUGUCAUUGACAAUGUUGGUCUCUAAGGUGCUACUGGAAGGAAUUCUUUAAGUGUAAAUUGCCUUUGGACCAUGGUUUGGAAGGCGAUGAAUAAAUUGUAACAACAGCAGCAACAGUAAUAUUUGCACUAAGGAUCCCGAGCCGUGUAUUGCAUCAAAGCGGGUGGGUUUCUUGCAGGACAACUGUGCCCCUCUGCUCCGCUAUGUGUCGCAUACUGAAUUCAAGGACCUCGUCUUGCCAGCUUUGCAGAAGUCCCUCCUGCGGAGCCCUGAGAACGCAAUUGAAAGUGAGUGGCCAGUGGAAGCAUGUGCGUUGCAAAGGAAGUUUGCACCAAGCUGAUUUGUCAGCACCUGAGACCCACAUAGUGGCUCUUCAUUGCAUGGGGGUCAAGAAUGAGCUCCAGCUGGGUUAGAGAAGCAGCAUUUGGUUCUUGAUGUCCAUGUGUGGGUGGAUCUGUUUUAAGUUUAUGCAAUAGGCCAUUCAUGUUUUUGGCCUAAGGUACAGAUUCUGUUCAUCUGUGAGGGGAACAUGUCCCAUGCCAAUGUUGCAUUGGAAUUCUGUGUUUCAUUAGAUCACAUAAACUCAAAAUCUUCUGGAAUGCCCUGUGCUUUUUUUAUUUUAUUCACAGUAUUAAAAAGCAACUUGCCAUGUAGGUAUUAGACAAACAUACAAUUCUCUGCAAGUAGAUAAAAACCAGGGGGUUAACAGUUUGCUGGAUUGUUUCUCUCGCACCCUGGUACAGGUUUCUCAUUUUUUUAGGAAGCGGCAUCUCAAGUGUUUUUGUAGUUCCCAGUUACUUUAUUUUGGUUCUUGUGCAUGGACCAUGAAUGCUUGUUGUAUUCAUGUCCCACUUGCAGGCUUCCUUUUGGGGACUUCUGGGUGGCUGCCGGGUGAGAGAACAAGAUGCUGGACUAGAUGGGGCCAUAGGCUUGAUCCAGCAGGUCUUGCUGUUGUGGACUCUCAGAGAUUGGUCCCCGGCAAACCUGUAAGCUAAUGAACGUUAACACACUUCUCUCCUUCUUGUCUUCAGCUAUCUCCUCUCUCUUGGCGUCUGUGACCCUCGAUCUCAGCCAGUAUGCUCUGGACAUAGUGAAAGGUCUAGCUGGUAAGUUCCAUUGUCUGCGCUUACAGAGGCCAGCAGAAAUUUUCCUCUGUUGCUGCUGCUUUUACCAAUGCCAUCCUGUACUGUUGCAGGCAUAGGCAAACUCGGCCCUCCAGAUGUUUUGAGACUACAGUUCCCAUCAUCCCUGACCAUGGGUCCUGUUAUCUAGGGAUGAUGGGAGUUGUAGUCCCAGAACAACUGGAGGGCCGAGUUUGCCUUUGCCUGGUUUUGAGAGUGGAGCUUUGUUAUAGUGAGAGCAAUUGAGAAUGGUUUGAAGCACUUGAAGCCUGGUGGUUGUUUGCCAUUCCAAGCAGGUGCUUUUUGGGAGGAGAGGGUGCUAGUCUUCAAGGAGAAGGAAACAAUUACUCUGAGUAAGCGACCCAAGCAUUUCAUGAUUGGCAGGGGCCAAUUUUUAACAGGUGGAGAGAAAAUUUAAAAGUUGAGGCGUGUUUGUUUUUCAAAGAGGGGAACUAGGCUGCAGUCAUCAUGUCCAUAUCUCUUCUUCCCAACCCCAGUUGUUAGUAAAGAUAAUUGUAAGCUUCCAUACAGCUCCAAAGAUUUGAGCGUUUGUGUUUCGAUUUUAUAGGUCAGUUGAAAUCCAACAGUUCUCAGCUGAUGGACGAGGCUAUUGUAGCAUUGAAGAACUUGGCUCGACAGUGCAGCGAUCCAUCAACAGUGGAGUCACUUGGGAGACACCUGUUUGCCAUUUUGGGAGGUGAGUGGCUCUGAUCAUUCCCUUUUCUUGUGUCACUUGCACCUUGCCUGGGAGAUAAGCAGUGUUAGUCCUACUCACAGUAGACCCAUCAAAACUGACGGGCAGGUAACUUAAGUUCAUAGAUUUGAAUGGGGCUGCUCUGUGUAUGACUUAGGCUAAAUUCACACCAUACCUUUAAACUGCAGUGGUGUCACUUGAAACAGUCGCGGCUUCUCCCAAAGAAUCCUGGUAACUGUAGGUGCUGAGAGUUUCCAGGGAAACCCCUGUUUCACUCCUAGAGCUGCAAUUCCCGGAGUGGCUUAGCAACCAGUCCGCCUUUCCCAGGGAACUCUGGGAAUUGUGGCUCUGGGAGGGGAACAAACUACAGCUCCCAGAAAUGAAGGCAUGAAUAUGGCCUUAGUUGGAUAUCGCCCUCUGCCCUGUUUCGGAGUGCACCUAACCUCUUCUUGUGGUGUCUCAGUUGUGGGAUUUGAGGAAUGGCCAAGGUCAGGAGAGCUGGGAGCAGGCUUAGUUGCAUAUUCCCAUUCUACAUCUGGCUUCAGAAACCUCAUGCCUCUUCAUGGUUCCUGGAAAGCCUUCCAAUGGGGCAGUUUUGGUGGUGUCCCCCAACCCCCAAGAUUUCCUGGUUUAAACAUAAUCAGACGCUGAUUAUGCAGCAGGUUUCUUGGCUUGUGCCCUAGUUUGCAUGAAGAAGGGAGAGGCAAAUAUUUUUCCUGUUGGUACCCAGAGCUCAUUAAUAUCUUGGCCUAUUAAGCUGAGAUGUGAUUCUCUACAGCCAGAGCAUUAAAAUUUGGGUUUUAUGUCUUUUCGAACUUUGAGUCUACGGCUAACCCACAAUUCUUGUUGACAGGUGCCGAGGGAAAGCUAACAGUUGUGGCACAGAAAAUCAGUGUCCUCUCAGGUAAGGGAAAACGUCUUGGAUUGCCUUAAAGUUGUAGUGAAUGUUGGAAGAUUCAGGACAGAUGAAGUACUUAUUCACACAACGCAUAGUUAAACUGUAGAACUCCUUCCCAUGGGAAGCAGUGAUGACCAGCAUCUUGGAUGGCUUUGAAAGAGGGUUGGACAAAUUCAUGGAGGAGAAUAAGGCUACAAGUUAGCCAUGAUGACUAUACUCUGGCUCUGUGGUCAGAGGCAGUAAUGCUUCUGAAUACCAGUUGCUGGAGAUCAAAGGAGGGGAGAGUGUUCCUGUGCUCAGGUCCUGCUUACAGGUUUCUCAAAGGCAGCCAGGUGGCCACUGUGAAAACAGGCUGUUGGACAAGAUGGGCCAUGAGUGUGAUUCAGCAGACUUUUUAAAAAAAAAAAUUAAAUAAUCUUUGUUAAUUUAAAUUACACACUUAUACAAAGAAUUUACAAUCUCAUACUUCAAAAAGAAAAUGAAAGAAAAAGAAAAUUAAAGAAAAGACUUUUCGAUAUGGUCCUGCAGAUACAGAGUAUUUUUCUUUCCUGCUUUCGAAAUGCCAAAAGGAAAUGUAGCUCUAACCAAGGGAGUUUUUCUGCUUUUAGGGAUUGGCAGCUGUAGCCACCAUGCAGUUUCUGGGCCUUCAAACCAAGUUGUAAGCGGAACUAUAACAGAACUUUUCAUCCCUUUCCUUCAGCAGGAAGGUAAGGUGUCUUAUUUUGUGGCACACUGUCGACUUCAGUGAUUGGAAAGUGAUUGUGAAAAGCACACUGUUGAUUGACAGGCUGCUUUCUUCGCCCCAGUUUCUUUUCGUUUUCUCUCUCCUCAGUCCAUGAAGGCACUUUGGUGCACGCCAUCUCUGUCCUCGCACUCUGGUGUAAUCGGUUCACCACCGAAGUGCCCAAGAAGCUGGUCGAGUGGUUCAAGAAAGCCUUCAGCCUUAAAACCUGCACUUCCGCUGUAAGACAUGCGUAUCUCCAGUGCAUGCUGGCAUCCUUCAAAGGCAAGAAAGAGCCUCUUCUAGUUCCAUUCCUGUGCCUGGGCAAUCCCCUCCGAUAGCAGGUUUUUGGGGAAAGGCCUCCCUGACUUCUCUUUCUGCUUCCACAGGCAACGUACUUAUGCAGGGAGUAGACUUGCUGCCCUUGCUGAUGCAGACGGUUGAAAAAGCAGCAGCGCAGAGCACUCAGGUUGCCCUGGUGACGGAAGGCGUGGCAGCAGCCUUGCUGAUUUGUAGGCUCUCGGUAGCUGAUGCACAAAUAGGUAAGGUCCUACGAUGUUUAGAAACAAGUUUCCCUUUUUUGAUGGGGUGAAGGAACAAUAGGUACAGAUGAACAAUCUUAGUGCAACUGCAUAAUUCAGGUGUCUCUUUUUCCUCGCCCACCCCUGCAGUCUUCACAGUUGUAAGAUCUGGUACAGAAUUAUUACUCAGAGACAAUUGUGGUGAUUCACUUACCUACGUUCUGCACCUGUGGAUUUAUAUAGUUGUUGCAUUUUUCUCCCAUCUUUUUCUCCAAGGAGCUCAAGGUGGCAUACACAAUUCUCUCCCCUGCCAUCAUUUAAUCCCUACAACAACCCUGUGAGGUUGGUAGUUUAGGCUGACAGGCAGUGGCUGUGGCCCAAGGUCACCCAGGGAACUUCAUGGCUGAGUGGGGAUUCGAACCCUGGUCUUCUAGGUCCUAGUCCAACACUCUAACCACUACACCAACAUUGGCUCUCAUUGGAUUGCAAUGGCCUCAGACCAUUCUCCCUCCCACCACCCAUUUCCCCCCUGUCUAUGGAAGUGUGGUGCUGCUGAUCAGCCAUCUGAGAUUCCUGCAUCUCAGUAAUUGGUCCUCUCCAAUUCUAUGAUUCCAUGUGCCCUGGGCUGUAAGAUUCAUUGCAGUGUUUCAUUCAUUUUACUAGUUGUUUUGGGUUGUAUCCAGCACAGCUGUUUCAUUUGCACAACGGAACUUCCCUCUCCUCUCCCGUGGUUGGAGCAGAUUUUAGGGGCAGGCAGGGGAAGAGGAGAAGGAAAAGGGGAAAUUCCAUUAUGCAAGCAGAACGCUGUUUGUGCAGUGUUGGAUACAACCCUUCGUUUUUUAUCGGUUUUAUUGGUGUGUUUUUAUUUUUGCUUAUAGUACUGUGUUAAUAGAAAAAAUAAAGUUUUAUUGUAAGUAAGUCACUUAGGAUCUUACAUGCUAAGUGGUAUAUAAAUAUAGUAAAUAAUAGGGUAUAGCUUUCUUUAUGUAAGCAGUGCCUGUAGGGCUGGUUGCCUCCUCUUCUUUUUGUUAUCUACAUGGCCACAAUCUCUUUCUUUUCCUCUCCAGAGAACAAACUGAGUGGCUUCUGGCCCCUCGUUCUGGAUGAGAAAAAGCAGAUUUUCACUUCUGAGAAGUUCCUGCAGUCUGCAUCAGAGGAAGGUGAGCUGGAUGCCUUUGCUUUAAGGGGUCAUCCUCAGGUUUUGCAAAAGGGUUUCCUAAGAUGGACAGGCUUCUGUAUUUUGGGGCUUUGGGGCACUGUAUGUUCUCCUCUUCUACUGCUUGUAGGCAAAGCUGAGUGAGGCAGGUUAGUCUGCCUUGUGGACAAAGAAGAUGGGCUACUAACUUUUGCAUCUCUCCUUAGUACACUUGCACAAUGGAUUGUGUUGCCCAGGUCUUUGCUGAUAUGCACAGUUCUGCCUCUCUUGUUUCUUUGUUCUUUGGGAUCAGAUGUCUUUUUUAGUUAAUAUCUUUAGCAAGAAAAAAUCAACUGAAAACAUAUGGGAAUACUGAUAACAUCAUAGUAAAUUAAACACAGUGUAAGGUUGUACAUUGUCAUGAAAUAUAUUAUUCUGGAACAUCACAAAAAAAUCUUCAAUCUCUUCAUAAACUUAUUGGAUCCAAAUGAUCCAGUCCUUUAUGAUGACGAUAAAACUAAGCUGCUAUAAAAGAAUACAUGUAAAUCAACCAAGUGCCUCUUUUUUAAUUUUUUUGUUUUUAAAUUAUUUGAAUAUUGUACCUACAAUAUCUUAGGCAAACCUUUUGUAGCUGUUAAGUUGCUUUUUUUGAAAGGAAAGCUGUGAUUCUCUUGGGGAAAUGACUUUACGCUUGUGGGAUUGUGAUUUACUUGCAAGGAUGGUGAAUGCAACAAGGCUGGUUUCCACACCUUUUGUGUUUUUCCUCCCCUCCUACAGCAAUGUGCACGGUUCUGCAGCUGACAGAACGCCUCCUCUUGGACCAUGAGCAUCGACUACCUGGUGCUAAAGUCCAGUACGUAUAGCUUGGUCUCCUUCUCUUGCUUAUCAUCAAACUCUUGAACCUUCCUCUGAGGGUGAGGGCACCCCCAUAACUUUGCACAAAAGGCUGGUAUGCUUUGGGUCAUGAUCACACUGUUGUUGACUGCUUGCCUCCUCCCCAUACCAAAUCAGACCAUUGGCCCAUCUAGCUCAGUACUGUGUACACUGACUGGCAGCAGCCUCUCCGGGUUUCCUGAUGGGACAUUCCCAGCCCUAAAUUGAACAUGGGACCUUCUGCAUGAAAGAAGAUGCUCUGCCCCUGGCACAUGGCUCUCCUCCCUCCUAUCUCUCUCCUUCCCCUCUACCUUUUUUCUUGCUUUCAGGCAAUAUCACAAAGCCCUGGCUGCAGUCCUCCUCAGCCGAUCAUGGGGUGUCCGAAGGCUCGGCCAGCAGACUGUGAGGAAGCUCCUGUCUUUGCCCAGAGGGUUCAAGUUGGCUUAUGGGCUCUUAGAAGAGCUGAAAGUAGUGCUCAGUUCUCACAAGGUAAAGUCCAUACAACUUUUGGGACGAGGUCCAGCCUUUUAAAGCCCUCCAUCCUGAGGUUCAUGGAGGAUAAGGCUAAUAUCCACGAUGGCUAGAUUCUGUCUCCAUUGCUAGAGGGAGCAUACUUCAUGGGGAUGCGGGUGGCGCUCUUGGGCUUGCCAGUCAGAAGGUCGGCGGUUCGAAUCCCCGUGACAGAGUGAGCUCCCAUUGCUCUGUCCCAGCUCCUGCCAACCUAGCAGUUCGAAAGCAUGCCAGUGCAAGUAGAUAAAUAGGUACUGCUGCAGCAGGAAGGUAAAUGGCGUUUCCUUGCACUCUGGCAAUAUUGUGCAAGAGAGGGGAUUGUUUUUGUUGCAAUCAGGUCUGGUUUGCAGACUUCCCAUAGACAUCGGCUAUUCAUUCAUUCAGCCUUUAUAUGCAUAAUUUAGACAACAAGACUGUAAAAGAGAAAAAAAGAAAACCAUCCAUAAAACAUUGAUAAUCCAGAUAUAUUAAAUACAUAAAACAUCUAAAAGAUCCAUUAGCCACCAUUAAGUACAAUUAAGAUGUUUUAGAUUUGACUUUAUCCUUUGCAAGUAGCUACUUUGAGCUUCAAUGGAGUUGCCAGUUGAUGGGAACUACAGGAGGGGGAAAGUGUUUCUGUUGCACUCAGGUUGGGUCGCAGGCUUCCCACAGACAUCCGACCGGGCACUAUGAGAACAGGAUCCUGGGCUGGAUGGGCCUUUUAGCCUGAUCCUGAAGUCAGACUCCUGCUGCAUUCGGCUGUGCUUUACAAGACUUUGAUCGACAUUGCUCUCUCUACACUCCAGCACUUGUCUUACUAUUGCAUUUAUACUCACGAUUUGUCAGGUACUGCCCACCGAGGCCUUGCUCACCGAGACAGGAGAGCUGUCGGAACAAGGAAAGACCUACAUCCCUCCUCGUGUCCUCCAGGAGACGCUGUGCAUGAUCUCGUGUGUGUCGGGGCUGGAGGGCGAUCCAGAGGAGAAGGAAAAGUUAGCUUUGGAAAUGUUGCUAGUAAGCAAUCACCCUUCUCUAGGUGAGUAGGAGAGGGGAAAGUUCCCAGUAUGUUGUUCUUUGAAGGAGUUCCCAGUAUGUUAUUCUUUGAAGGAGAACUACAUGAAAAUGGUACAGAUGGUAUUUAACUCUGAGUCGGCUUACUAAGAGGGGAUGCGGCUGGUGCUGUGGGUUAAACCACAGAGCCUAGGGCUUGCCGAUCAGAAGGUCGGCGGUUCGAAUCCCCGCGACGGGGUGAGCUCCCAUUGCUCGGUCCCUGCUCCUGCCAACCUAGCAAUUUGAAAGCACGUCAAAGUGCAAGUAGAUAAAUAGGUACCACUCCAGCGGGAAGGUAAACGGCAUUUCUGUGCGCUGCUCUGGUUCGCCAGAAGCGGCUUAGUCAUGCUGGCCACAUGACCCGGAAGCUGCACACCGGCUCCCUCAGCCAGUAAUGCAAGAUGAGCACUGCAACCCCAGAGUCGGCCAUGACUGGACCUAAUGGUCAGGGGCCCCUUUACUCUUUACCUUUAGGCUUGCUAAGAUGUAUAAUAAGACUGAAUCAGGUAAGUGCUGGAGAUGCAAAGAGGUGGAGGGAACUUUUUUUCACAUGUGGUGGACUUGUAAAAGGGUAAAAGAGUAUUGGGAAGUAAUCCAUAAUGAACUGAAAAAAACAUUUAGGAGUUCUUUUCCAAAAAAACCCCAGAAUCCUUUUCCUUGGGGAUAAUUCAGACUGAAAUUCCCAGGUGUCAAAAAAGGUUAUUUAUGUAUGCUACUACUGUGGUCCGUGUUUGUUUAGCCCCAAUAUGGAAAAUGAGCGAGGUCCCAACUAAAGAAAAAUGGCAACUUAAGCUGACAGAAUAUGUGCAGCUUGCAGACUUAACAUAUAGAAUAAGAGAACAAGAAGAACAUACUUUAGAAAAGAUUGGAAAACGUUUGUUGAAUAUAUGGGGGGAAAUUGUUUACACAUGAAAACGCUGGCAGCAUUAAGAUACAUUCAACAGUGUAAAUAAGUUUUGAUGGAUGCAAUAACGGAAUACUGAAUGGUUUAGCUUUUGUAAAAAUAUGCAGGGAUAUAUGAUAUGCAAAUUGAACCAUGGAAAGAGAAUAAGGGAAAUCCUUGAUAUUUUGAGGAUUUUAAAAUUAGUAUUUUAAAAUGUAAAACAGAAAAUUUAAUUAUAUAUCUUACCAGUUGGGUAUGUGACGGAAGUAGGGUCUGUUGUGCCUCUUGUAAGUCUCUCCCUCCUUCCUUCCUUGUAUCUCCCUUUCAGUAACAGGGCAGUCUGGCCUUUGGACAGCCCUCCUGAUCAAGAUGAAACUGGACCCUGUCGAUUUCAUCGCUAAGUACCUGGAAAAGAUCUUUGACCGGAUUGUCACCCAGAGCCCCAUGAAUAAGGUGACUGGGUUUGAUUCUUCUGCAGAGGUUUUCUUUUUUUUUUUUUUAUAAUGAUAUUUAUUAAAGUUUCAAAAAAUACAUGAAAAUACAAAAUAAAGAAAAAAAGUAUAAAGUUUUGAGAUAUAACAAAAAAGUAGAAAAUAAGGAAAAACAUACAAAAUAAAACAGUUAAAAACACAAUAAUUUUCCAUAACCUAUCUUCCUUGCUCUUAUUUCCCCGGACCUCCUCGUACCUCCCUUUUUUGUAUUCCAGUUCAGUUUGUUAGUUCAGCAAAUCCUUACCAUUAAGCUUUUACCCAAUUGUAAACCUUUUUUCAUAUCUCUUAAAGCAUUACAGCUAAAAACCUCUUAGUUUCUAUCCAACAUCCUUCUAAGAUUACUUAAUUUUACAAUAUUUCUGGCCCAAGAGAUUUAGUUUUGGUACUGCCAACUCUCCAGAGGUGGGGGAACUUUUUCCAUUGCCUUCUUGGCUUCCUUUCAAGGGCUACAUUCUACAUUUGGGGGGGGGGGGGGGCUAGAGGCAAAGGUAGGCAGAACGGUAAGCUAGUUUUUCCACCCCACCCCCAGCAGGAGGCAUAAUCUGAGUUCAAGGGGACAUUCCAGACAGGCAAAGCUACUCAAGGUGGGUGUAGAGGGUCAGCCAGAGAGGUUUAGAGGGCUGUAUGUGGCCUAGGGGCCCAAGGCUCUCCCCACACCUGGUCCACUCUGAACAGGCUCCCUAGGGGUGCAGGCAAAGUGUCUCUUUUUUGAUCUGCUGCUUAUAAAUUUUAAUUGGAAAUGGCAGGGAUUGGACCUGUGGCUUUCCCCCCUGCAGAGUUGAUGAUGCUCUACCACUGACCUGUGCUCCCUUCCUAAAAGCUUCUUAAUGGACAUUGUGUGAUAAGAUUUUAGACCUGGGGGUUGCGGGUUGAAAAAUCUUGCCGAUGCUGCUUCUCUCCCGUCUGCAAAAGGACACAGCGACCACAGGUGCAUGCAGUGAAGAGUGCUGCGGAUUAAGACUAUCAGCCCCAAGUGUUGAGAGAAUAUUAUGUUGUUGUUGUUUAGUCAUUUAGUCGUGUCCGACUCUUUGUGACCCCAUGGACCAGAGCACGCCAGGCAGCCCUGUCUUCCACUGCCUCCCGCAGUUUGGUCAAACUCAUGUUAGUAGCUUCGAGAACACUGUCCAACCAUCUCGUCCUCUGUCGUCCCCUUCUCCUUGUGCCCUCCAUCUUUCCCAACAUCAGGGUCUUUUCCAGGGAGUCUUCUCUUCUCAUGAGGUGGCCAAAGUAUUGGAGCCUUAGCUUCAGGAUCUGUCCUUCCAGUGAGCACUCAGGGCUGAUUUCCUUAAGAAUGGAGAGGUUUGAUCUUCUUGCAGUCCAUGGGACUCUCAAGAGUCUCCUCCAGCACCAUAAUUCAAAAGCAUCGAUUCUUCGGCGAUCAGUCCAUUUCUCAUUUCCAUACAUCACUACUGGGAUAGUGCUGUAAUCCUUGACAAGUGGCUGUUUUCCCUCCCCUUCCUUGUUUCACAGUCAUCCCUGAAUGCAGUGGGUCUGCUGUCUGCCCUCUCUCCCAGCCAAGUCCUCCCUCAGGUCAUCAGCACCAUCUCCGCCUUUCUAGAAAACCCAGCGCUGUGUCUUGUGACCCAGGAGGAGUUUGCUAUCAUGAAGAUGCCCGAAGGGGAACUUUAUGACAAGUCCAUCUUGCACAGGUGAGGACGAGCACUUGGAUACAGGAAGCUGCCUUAUACUGAGCCAGGCCAUUGGUCCAUCUAGCUCAGUGUUGUCUACACUGACUGGCAGCGGCUCUCCUGUUCCAGACAGGGAACCUUUUUGCCAACCCUAUCUGGAGAUGCCGGGGAUUGAACCUGGGACCUUCUUCAUGCAAAGCAGAUGUUUUGCCAUUGAGCUACAGCCUUCCUUAUUUUUGACAGGCCAUGCCAGGUUUCCAUAGCACUUUUAGGAGAAAAAAAUCUCUUUAAUCAAGACAUGUAUGCCACCAACCUAUGGACCUUGUGUACACAGACCACUAAGCGAUGACCUUUCCUUUUGAAAUGUGUGUGGUAUAACAAACCACCACUAACGAAACCGCUUUGAUCUGUGGAACUGGCACUGUUACAAGUGAAACUUGAUAUCUGUUCUGCACUUGUAAGAAAUCAAUCUUUUAGUGUAGCAGUGCUUAAACUUCAGAACUCCCUGCCUAUUGACAUCAGGCAUGCACCUUUGCUGUACUUUUUUGGUUCCUGCUUAAAACGUUUCUGUUUAGGCAAGCCUGUCCAAACAUGUAGAAGUUACAUGUGUCUGAACCCCCCCCCCCAUUGUUGAUUUUCAUAAGUUUUUAAAAUCUCUUUUUAGCUGUUGUAUAUAUAGAGAGAGAUAUAUAGUUUGUGUAAAAUGCUUAGAGUGGUCUUUUAUCACAAUCAAACCGUAUAUAAUUUUUGUUUAAGUAAAUAACAAAUAUUAAAUGUUUUCUAUUCUUUUGUGGUAGCUGUAAUUGAAGCUGAUAACCUGAGAUGAUUUCAGUGGAUUGUGCUAAUCUUUCUCUCUCUCUCUCUCUCUCUCUCUCUCUCUGUCUGUCUGUCUCUCUCUCCCCUUCGCUGUCUUCAGUGCUCAGCAAGACAGCCUGAAAAAGGCCAACAUGAAGAGAGAAAACAAAGCUUAUUCUUUCAAGGAGCAGAUCAUUGAACUGGAGCUGAAGGAGGUGAGGUCUUGCAUGGGGGAUAAUGCCAUAUUUAGGUCUAAUAUAAGCCCUGUUUUAAAGCAACUGGACUGGUAGCUCCCCUUAGCGUUUAAUGUUUGUUAAUGUUUGAUGUUUUAUUAUGUUUUUAUAUAUGCUGUAAGCUGCCCAGAGUGCAGCUGCUGCUGCUCCUCCUCCUCCUCCUCCUCCUUCUUCUUCUAUAUUACAGUCAUACCUUGGUUCUCAAACGCCUUGGUACUCAUACAUUUUGGCUUCCAAAUGCCAAAAACCUGGAAGUAACUGUUCCGGUUUUGGGACGUUUUUUGGAAGCCAAACAUCCGACGCAGCUUCCACUUGAGUGCAGGAAGCUCCUGCAGCCAAUCGGAAGCCGCACCAUGGUUUUCGAACAUUUCGGACGUUGAAUGGACUCCUCGGAUUACAUUCAAAAACCAAGGUAGGACUACAAACAGUUCUGUGAGGAGUAAUUUAAGAAAUAUUGUAAAAAUGGAAAAUAUUGUAAAAAUGGAGAAAUGAUUUGUUAGAAAAGGUAAAGGCAAUAUUAAGUUAAGAAUUGCAGGAGAAAUAAUCAAGACGGAAGGCUAUCAGAGAUGCUGAGGGAAGUCCAAACAAGGACAUAUGUAUAAUAAUUUGUGUGGUAUGUCUUAAAAAUUUUUGUAUGCUAAAAAUAAUAAAAAUAUAUUUUUUUUUAAAAAAAAGAACCAAGGUAUGACUGUAUUAUUAUUAAAGCCCUAAAUGACUCAGGCAUGGACUGGAGGAAAGUUGGAUUUCAGAUCUUCACUCAGUUCUGCAGGGGGUUUUUUGGAACACUCACGUUUUCUCAGCCUGAUGAGCCACCUCUCAGGGGAUAACAGGGAAAGCAACCCAUGUAAAGCUCCCUGAGUUUCUGGGAGAGAAGGGGAAUGAAAAUGAAGAUGAAAAGAAGACUGAAUAGUUUUAAGUUGCAUCAAGACCUUUUUUGGUAGCAUUUGAUGAGCAACCUGUGAUAAACUAAGUCAGAUUGCAUAGAGCUGGGUGUCUUUUUUUCCUUUCUUGCUGCUGUCGUCAUACUGAGCUUGUCUGUCUCUGGGCACAACUCCCAAUUCACCCUCAUUUUCUCUCCCAUCAUGUUGUUCAUUGUCUUUGAACUGCUGAAGCUGCUUCCUUUGGAGGGAAUGCUGUGCCGCCCGCUUCCCCGUUAUAACCAAAAAGAUGGUUUUUCUCUUCUGCAGGAGAUUAAGAAGAAGAAGGGGAUAAAGGAGGAGAUCCAGCUAACCAGCAAACAGAAGGAAAUGCUGAAUGCCCAGCUGGAAAAGGAAUCUCAGACCAGGAAGCAGUUGAAAGAGGUAAGCUAUAGCUGGGCCUAAUGUUAAGAACCGAAGAGGAGCCUGCUGGAUCAGGCCAUGGGCCCAUCGUGUUCUCGCAGCGGCCAGCCAGAUACCUGUGGGUGUUAUAGGAAAAUCAUUGGGCUCACUUGCAUUGUCAAAAAAGACACCAGCCAGAAAUGUAGUAGUAGUAGUAGUAGUAGUAAUAAUAAUAAUAAUAAUUUAUUUAUACCCCGCCAUCUGGCUGGGUCUCCCCAGCCACCUUGGGUGGCUUCCAACAAAGUAUUAAAAUACAGUGGUCUGUUGAAACAUUAAAAGCUUCCCUAAACAGGGCUGCCUUCAGAUGUCUUCUAAAAGUCUGGUAGUUGUUCUUCUCCUUGACAUCUGGUGGGAGGGCAUUCCACAGGGCGGGUGCCACUACCGAGAAGGCCCUCUGCCCGGUUCCCUGUAACUUGGCUUCUCGCAGUGAGGGAACCGCCAGAAGGCCCUCGGCGCUGGACCUCAGUGUAUAUAGGAGCCAAACAGCAGCCUGUAGGCCUGAUCUUUAUUCAAAAGACUGUUGCAACAGGACUUCCACCCACCACAUGGAAAAAGCACCGAACGAAAGGGUGCCCCUUCUUUUAUAAGCUUCUCCUUUUCUCACAAACCCCUUUGGUGAAGCUUCAUGCACGCAUCACAGAUACAUCAUACAUAUGUCACAAAGGGGGAGGGGUUUUCUUGCCCCCAACCCUCCCUUGCCCUCCACUUUACACUCAUCAAGUGAUAACAAUGGAAGUAUUUACAAGUUCCUGCUCUUUCCUGCUCAGGUAAUCACACUUCUUUGUCCUGACCCAGAACCUAAUCCGUUCCUGGGUGGUUUGCUAUUGUCUGCAGGAUGACUACCUGUCUGGCACCCAUUUGCCAGGAUGCCAGUGAUUAUCUCUUAUGUAAGAGGCUGCUGUGUACGUGAUCCCAGGUUUCAGGGAUUAUGGCUGUCUUUUACCAGUUUCCCAAGUCCCCCCCUUCGGUAGCCAUCUUUUCCCUGAGUAAAAUGAAGUUGGAAUGGUGUCGAUUUGGGCGGUUGGUCUGGGGGUGCAGUGUCCCGUUUAACUGGAAACAAAACCCCACCACCACCUUUAUAAAAAUUCCGGUCACAUGGGAAACCCACAAGCAGGAUCUGAGCACAUGAGAUGUCUCCCUUCCAGCAUUGAGAUGAGAGGGGCUGGGGAGAGACCUUGAAAUUACAAGCAGGAAUAGGGUCUCUCUUCUGAACUGGCACAUUUCCACACUCAAGGGCAAUGUUUGCUUCCUGGCCGGUGGUGGUGGUGGUUGUUUUAAUAAAUUAAAUUAAAUUAAAUUUAAAAAAUAAUGUAGGCUGGAUCACACAAAAGAGGGUAGCCUAGCCUGUUCAGAGCAUAUGUCAACAAAUUGUUACCUGUUGCUUCUGAGGACCCUCUUGACUCGGUCUCUAAAGACCACCCCCUCCAUCUCCCAUUAGCAGAUCAACCUCCCCACCAUAUCCACUGCUCACCAGCUGCUGCUGUGGUCCAGUAUUGUCAUGCCAUCUGUUUCUGGGUCAGCAAGUCCCUUUCCCCCUCUUACUGUGCUGAGAAUAUUGAUAAAGGAAGAAAAUACAGAGAAAGGAUUGUGCUUAUGGGUGUGUGGGUGUGUUAGUCCAAAGCUUGGCUGCUUCUUUCAAGAUUGCCUUUCGCCAGUAACCACCGCAGUGUUCUAUUGCAGCUUGACAAUGAACUGGAAUCAAUGCUGGGUCUCCUGGAUGCUGUUCUAAAGAGGAACCCCCCUGGUCUCUCCCAGUACAUCCCCAGUCUCAUAGGCUUCUUCCUGCCUCUGCUGAAGUCCCCUCUGGCGGCUCCAAGGAUUAAGACCCCUUUCCUUUCUUUGGCAUCCUGUGUGAUGCCUGAUCGGCUGAAGACUUUUGGUUAGUGUUCUGCUUUGUGUGUGUUUAUAUCUAUCUAUCUAUCUAUCUAUCUAUCUAUCUAUCUCUAUGAUGGGGGGAAACUCAGAUAAGUUAAGCUUUUGUAGCAUAAAUCUGCAAAAAUACAUACAAACGUAGAUUGGGGUAGCCAGCAAGGGUGCCUUCCCCCCUCCUCAAUUUUGGUGCUGGACUUACAACUCCCUUCACCCCUUUCCCCAGGUACUGUAGUGAGCCACGUGACCUUGAGGAUGAUAAAGCCUGAGUGUGUUUUGGACGAAUCCUGGUGCCAAGAGGACCUGCCCACUGCUGUGACCAGAGUGGUGACCUUGUUGCACACGCACACUGUGCCUGUCCGGAUGAGCAAGGGAGAGGCAGGUGAGGACCCGCUUCUGAUUUUUUCCCACCUGAUUUGGUUGCUAAGCAGUGCCUCCCCCCUCCUCCCUGAGCAGCUGACUCGAAGAAGAAGAAGAAGAGUUUGGAUUUGAUAUCCCGCUUUAUCACUACCCGAAGGAGUCUCAAAGCGGCUCACAUUCUCCUUUCCCUUCCUCCCCCACAACAAACACUCUGUGAGGUGAGUGAGGCUGAGAGACUUCAGAGAAGUGUGACUAGCCCAAGGUCACCCAGCAGCUGCAUGUGGAGGAGCGGGGAAGCGAACCCGGUUCACCAGAUUACGAGUCUUAACCACUACACCACACUGGCUCUCUACUGAGAACAGAAUUAACUCUUUAAGUUAUGAACUGAAUGAUCACUGCUGUUGCACUCCCAACAAGUCAGCCAUGCCCAUUGAUUUCAGCAGAUCUAUUCUGUCAAUGGCUGACGUUGGCCUGUAUGGGCAUGUCCUUCUGCGUCUGUAUCUCCCCUCUUCUUUUCUGCCUGUUGCAGGUCCCGUGCCAUUAACGGCCCCAGCCUUUUCCUUAGUCUUCCCUCUCCUCAAAAUGGUGCUGCUGGAGACUCCCAACGACAGUGAAGAGAAGGAGGAGCUCUUGGUCAAGGCUCUGCAGACGAUCACGGUCCAUGCUCAGCUGAGAUCAUCUGCCAGCAGCCAGAGUUUACUGGUGGACGAGGUCAGUGUUUUCCAUGGGAUUGCACCAUCUUCAGAAAGCAAGCUGCCAUUUUUACUUGGUGGCAGACAGACGUGCCCCCCCCACCCCCGGAGGUUCAAACGAAGCUGAAAAUGCACAGCCGAACAAAGCUGAUGCAAGUGUUGAGAUACUUUCCUUCUCAUUGCAUCCCUCCUCCUCUGCCUCUUUGUCUUGAGAGCCGCCUCCCUCUCCUGACCCCAGAUGCAACAUACAACAGCUUGUUGCCAUAGAAGAACAGGAAGUACUUCAACAUGAAUUUAAAAUGUUGUAACAUUAAUGCAACUGAACAGCGUUACAGUGGUACCUUGGUUCUUAAACUUAAUCCGUUCCGGGAGUCGGUUCGACUCCUGAAACCAUUCGAAAACCAAGGCGCAGCUUCCGAUUGGCUGCAGGAGAUUCCUGCAGUCGAGCAGAAGCCGUGUCAGAUGUUGGGCUUCCGUAAAACGUUCACAAACCAGAACAGUUGGGGUUUGCGGCGUUUGGGAGCCAAGCCGUUUGAGAACCAAGGUACCACUGUAUUUGCUGGAUUUGGGUGUUACAUUUUAGUAUUCGACCGCUAUUUUAGCGAUGUAUCGAUUCACAUUUUGUUCUGUUGGAAGCCGCUUUGAAAAAGCAACAUAUACAGUAUAUUUCUGUGUGUAAGACUAGGUUUCCCCCCCUAAAAAAUAAUGUCAAAAAUUAGGGGGCGUCUUACACACAGAUACAUCUCCCCCAUUUUCUUAAAUCUGAGUCCCCCAAAAUAUACAUGGGGUUGUCUUAUAGACAGAAAAAUAUGGUAUAUGUAAAUAAUAACAGCAACUUAGUAAAUCGACUAGUAUGUAAAUUUUGUUAAGUACAUAAAAUGCAGAAUGCUCACCACCUGUGUGCCAUUCCAAAUCCCCCAGCUUCAUUGCAUGAUGAGGAUGAUUAUUCAUUAUUGGUUGGGCAGUUGCCUUUUUUUAAAUGACAGGUGUUUGCGUUUCUCUUUUGCCCCUCUUUCCCCCGAUCACCUGUCAGAACGGACCCGAGUUACUGCCUCGCACAGAGAUGCUGCGGCUCCUGAGUAAAGUGAUCGGGACAGGCUCUCCACGCUUACAGGUGAGCUGGCCACCCAUUCUAGUACAGCAACAGGUCGCAUACCAGAUGCAGAGCCCCUGUAGCUCUUUUUAUCUGGUCUUUGUUGGUCCUGUUAAACCUGUAUUCGGCUCCCAUACUUCUAAUGUUAACUGUCUUCCGGGUUUUCUGUACAGUGCCCGUAUUAAUAUGUUAUGCAGUGCCUGAGUACAUUGUGAGCCGGUGUGGCACAGUGGUUAGAGUGCUGGACAAGGAUUUGGGAGACGAGGGUUCAAAUCCUCACUCGGCCAUGAGGCUCACUGUCUCUCAGCCCUAACCUACCUCACAGGGUUAUUGUGGGGAUAAAAUUGAGAGGGGAGGAACUAUGGAUGCCACCUUGAACUCCUUGGAGGAAAGAUGGUUUAUAAAUGCAAUUGAUUGAUUCACUCAUGGAUUUUCCAGUUUGGUGCCAUUAAUGAGAUUAUAUUUAGGUAUCUGCUGAAAACAUUUGUGCUUUCCCUUGAGGGUGCAACCCGGCCAUUCAUGGAAUAUCAAUUUUAUAUCUGAUGAAAUUGCUUUGUUGUUGUUCCGAUAUGUAUGGAUGGUUCCAUGGUUUUUAGUUGGUUGAAUCAGUUUUUAUUUCUUUCAGAGUGUGUUUUAAUGUUCUUUUUGUACCCCUUUGGUGGCUUUGUGCCUGUGAAUUUGUAUGGCAACAAUUAUAUUCCUUCGCUGUCUGAUUUUAAGCUCUCUUGCCUCUUGUCAGGUCUUGGCUUCCAAUGCCCUGACUGCCCUGUGUGCCAGCAGCAGUGGAGAGGACGGCUGUGCCUAUGCAGAACAGGAAGAAGUGGAUGUGUUACUCCAAGCCCUUCAGUCCCCGUGCAUGAAUGUCCGAGAUGCAGCCCUCCGGGUCAGUCGGGACCUCUUUCCAGCCAGCACAGGGGAGGAGAUGGGGGGACAGGUGGCUUCCCAUCCACCACUGGAGGAAGAUACGUUUGUAGAGCUGUGUUAGGGAAUCCCAGACCUGGGGGCCUAAUGUGGCCCUCUGGGCCUUCAUGCCUGGCCCUCGGAACGCAGCACACCCUCCCAAUCUUGCUGCCACCGUGUGCCUGCAAAGUAAUACCUGAACAGCCUUAAUGCAUGCUGGAAAGGGGACGUCACUUCUCAUGGCAGUUUUGGAAUACAAGGAGGUUGGGGAGGAAGGCUUUCUACUGACUUGACCUGUUCUGAUCUUCAGGGCUUGAUGGAGCUGCAGUUGGUGCUGCCAACGCCGGACAGCGAUGAGAAGAAUGGGAUGAACCUUUUGCGCCGUCUCUGGGUGGUGAAUUUCGACAAGGAAGAAGCAAUCAGGACGCUGGCCCAGAGGUGAGAAUUUGCUGUCCCACCAAAGAGAUGCUCUUGUUGUUGUUUUUUACACCAGAGGCACAUUGCUCAAAUGUCAGGUGAUGCUUCUCCACCAGGACCUGAGGAAGUGCUUUGACCAAUGGACAUAGGAAACUGCCUCUGCAGAGUAUUGCCUAACAAAUGGAACCCUCCUAAGUCUUGCCAGGGCCUAACAAUUAUUGGCCCACCUUGAUGCAGAGGCAGGCUUUUUCACUGGUCGCAGCUUGGUUGUGGAAUGCGCUACCUGCUGAAAACUUCCCUCGUCGCUGCCUGAUAUGAGACCGGGGUGGAUCUUCUAUACCUGGAGGAUGACCUUUGGCUUUCGUCUCUUAUAGGCUUUGGGAGUCGAUGGGUCUGGAGUUGCAGCCUGACAUCUGUUCGGUCCUCAUUAAAGAUGUCAUCCACUACGAGGAAGCCGUGCGCCAGGCUGGUGCUGAGGCCCUUUCCAAGAGCGUUGAGCAGUAUCGAAGCCAGACGAGGGACGUCAUGACCAAACUGAUGGAGAUCUAUCAGGAGAAACUCUAUGUAAGCCAUUCGUGAUGAGGGACUGGGGGGAGGUCUAGAGCAAGAUUGGGGGGAACCUCUGGCUUAGAGGCUGUGGCACCGAGACCUCUAGGUGUAUGUGAAUCCAGGCCUUGGGACCCUCCCUAGGCCAUACCUCUCCUCCUCCCAAACUACAUUCCUGUGUACUAUCCUAGCAUGCUUUCACCUGGCAGCAAUGUAGUAGUAGUAAAGGUAAAGGGACCCCUGACCAUUAGGUCCAGUUGUGACCGACUCUGGGGUUGCGGGCCUCAUCUCGCUUUAUUGGCCAAGGGAGCCGGCAUACAGCUUCCGGGUCAUGGGGCCAGCAUGACUAAGCCGCUUCUGGCGAACCAGAGCAGCGCACAGAAACGCCAUUUACCUUCCCGCCGCAGCGGUACCUAUUUAUCUACUUGCACUUUGACAUGCUUUUGAACUGCUAGGUUGGCAGGAGCAGGGACCGAGCAACGGGAGCUCACCCUGUCGCGGGAAUUCGAACCGCCGACCUUCUGAUUGGCAAGCCCUGGGCUCUGUGGUUUAACCCACAGUGCCACCUGUGUCCCCGUAGUAGUAGUAGUAGUAGCAGCAGUGGUUUUAUUUAUUUAUAUAUACAUACAUACAUACAUACAUACAUAUAUAUACAUACAUACAUACAUACCCUUCCCAUCUGGCUGUGUUUUCCCAGCCACUCUGGGCAGCUCCCAACAGAAUAUUAAAAACAUGAUAAAACAUCAGACAUUAAAAACUUCCCUAAACAGGGCUGCCUUCAGAUGUCUUCUAAAAGUCAGAUAGUUGUUUAUUUCCUUGACAUCUGGUGGGAGGGCGUUCCACAGGGCGGGCGCCACCACCGAGAAGGCCCUUUGCCUGGUUCCCUGUAACCUCACUUCUCGCAGUGAGGGAACCUCCAGAAGGCCCUCGGAGCUGGACCUCAAUGUCCAGGCUGAACGAUGGGGGUGGAGACGCUCCUUCAGGUAUACUGGCCCGCGGCCGUUUAGGGCUUUAAAGGUCAGCACCAACGCUUUGAAUUGUGCUCGGAAACGUACUGGGAGCCAAUGAAGGUCUUAUAGGCCCUUCAGUGUCCUCGUUCUGUGAUAAUGAGCAUACGAAGAGCCUGCUGGGUCAGGCCAAAGGUCCACCUAGUCAAGCAUCCACUGGCUGAUCAGAUGCCCCAAUGAGACAGCUCUCCUGACACGGUUACCUGACAAAUGAUGAACAUAAAGCAAUAUAGUAGUUCAUGCACCAGGUGUCGGGAGAGCAAUACGGUUUAAAGCAUUGUGGAAUAAAGCACAACAGAACACAGCAAGGGCCUGGCUGCUGGAUCAAAUGCCAAAUGCUCAUCCCGUCUAGCAUCCUGUUCUCCCAGUGGCCAACCAGAUGCCCCAGUGGGAAGCCUGCAAGCAGGAUCCAAGCACAACAGCGCUCUCCCCACUUGUGAUUCCCAUCAUCCAGUACUCAAGAGGUGUGCCGCCCUUGACACCAUGGCUGGUAGCUCUUGAGUCAGAGUCCAGCCACAUCUACAGGGCCACAGGUUCCCCACGCCCUGGUCUUAUAGAGAAACUUAAGUCUAGCACGGUGUGCUUCUGUCCCUGCCCCUUCCCUCCCCCUUAUUUGUUUUGCACCUGGAUUUUGACCGUGUUCAGCUUUUAUAAGCUCCUUGGCUGGGUUUUCUGACGGAAUGCCUGUUUCUCUUGAACAGAGGCCUCCACCGGUUUUGGAUGCUCUGGGACGUGUGAUAUCUGAAUCUCCACCCGACCAGUGGGAAGCCAGGUAGUCCUUACUUAAAUUCAAAUUCUGACUCUCUCUAUCCAGCUGAGGUGCUUCAGGCCUCUGACUUUAUAAGGCGAGGUGUAAACGUAAUAGUUUAAAUCGGGGUUUCCCAAACUUGCGCCUCCGGCUGUUUUUUGACUACCAUUCCCAGCAUCCCUGACCUGGUAGCUAGUAGGGCUGGGCAAUAUCUGGUUUUCAACAUUGCGAUAUAUCACCAGCUAAACAUUGCGAUAUACUUGAUACAGCACGGUGUCUGAAAUAAAGUUGAAGCUAUGUAGAAGCACUGGCAGGCUUCACGGUUUUCCCUACAUUGUGAUUUUUGCAUAGUACUAGUUUCUUCUUCUUUUUGUGAUCACUCGUAGCCGAGUAAAAUUGUCUUCCAUAAACACGGUUUUAACAAUGAGUCCGUAAGUGACUGUGGAGGCCAAUUCUGGAUCCACACGUCCUUCCACAGUGGGGACAUUGGUUUCCGGGUGGGAGCUGAUCACAGUGUGAAUUUGCCAAGUGUGCCUUCCUCCUAGCACGAUAGUACUAGCUAUAUAUAUACACACAUGACAUCAUAUUGCCAGGUGAAAAAUUAUGAAACCAAUAUCACAAUACGGACUUCAAACUGGUUUUGGAUGAAAUAUUGAUAUAUUGCCCAGCCCUAAACCCUGGUUUAAAAGCAUAGGAACGCAAGAAGCUUCCAUAUGAUGAGUCAGUUUGUCUAGCUCAGUACUGACUUAACUGGUCGUGGCUCUUCAGGUUUAAGGCAGGAGAUAUUCCCAGCCCUACCUGGAAAUACCUGGGACCUUCAUGCUGCUCUGCCACUGAACCAUGGCCCUUCAGAACCAUAGCUACCAUGUUACCUUUACAGGUGUGGCAUUGCGUUGGCCCUGAACAAGCUUUCGGAGCACCUGGACAGUUCGCAGGUGAAGCCUCUCUUCCAGUUCUUUGUACCGGAUGCCCUUAAUGAUCGCAACCCCGAAGUCCGGAAGUGCAUGCUGGACGCAGCCCUCUCGGCGCUCAAUACCCAUGGCAAGGUAGGCAUUAAGAUACAUCGGAAGGAAACGGCCUUAUAUUGACUCGGUCUUUUGGUUCAUCUAGCUCACCAUUGCGUCCAGGUCUUUGAAAUCACGGUUAAUGCUAUUGUGUGUGUGUCCUACGGCUUUUCAGGACAGUGUCAACUCCCUGCUGCCCGUGUUCGAGGAGUUCCUGAAGGACGCGCCAAACGAUGCCAGCUAUGAUGCCGUCCGGCAGAGUGUCGUCAUUCUGAUGGGCUCCCUGGCCAAACAUUUGGACAAAAGCGAUCCGAAAGUCAAGCCGAUCGUUGCCAAACUGAUAGCAGCCCUUUCCACUCCAUCCCAACAGGUAAACCCUUUCUCUUUUCCUUGCCACUUUUGCAGAGACGGAAAUAGGGUAGGAGAUUUUUGGGGGGUGGGUUCGAAACACUGAGAAGAGAUCUCUGAACCAGUUUUUGCAUUUUAGGUUCGUUUUGACUCUUUUGGUAGUUUGGUUAAUUCAGUAGUCUGCAGGCAGUCCACCAGGGGGCAGUGGCAUACCAUGAGAAACAAAUCAAUUAAACACGCAGCAAUAGAAUGGUGCCCAAGUAUACUGUGAAAUUUGAAGAUUAUUGUGUCCCUUUUUGCUUCAUUGCAGUGUUAUUUUCUCCAAAUUGAGGUUGACGUUAACUGGUUUCGCGUUGCCUUGUUUCAGACUGCAGUUAAUAUUAACCACAAUUUGUCAGUUCAGGAGACCCAGGAAGCAGUGUCCCUUUUACCUGAUUUAUGUCAUGGCCCUUCCUUGCUAAAAUGGACUGGGCGUCAAAUCUUUUUUUUAAAAACACGCCUGCCUUAAUUAGGGUCAGUUAUAAAAGUGUGUUUUAAACAAUGGGGGACAGUAAUAAAAAGCGCAUUAUAUUCCAUUAGGGAGCAAAUUAUCCACCUGCCUAAUCAUACCAAAUUCACUGGGAUGCGGGUGGUGCUGUGGUCUAAACCACUGAGCCUCUUGGGCUUGCUGAUCAGAAGGUUGGCAGUUCAAAUCCCCAUAACAGGGCGAGCUCCUGCCAACCUAGCAGUUCGAGAGCAGACCAGUGCAAGUAGAGAAAUAGAUACCGCUGCGGUGGGGAGGUAAAUGGCGUUUCCAUGCGCUCUGGUUUCCGUCACGGUGUUCCGUUGCACCAGAAGCGGUUUAGUCAUGCUGGCCACAUGACCGGGAAAGCUGUCUGUGGACAAACGCCGGCUCCCUCUGCCUGAAAGCGACCCCAUAGUCACCUUUGCCUGGACUUAACCAUCCAGGGGUCCUUUACCUUUUACCAAAUUCACUUUCUAUGACUGGCCCCCGAGUCAGCCCAGGGUAACUUUUGCUUGAAUUGCAUUCUUGUCUCGGUGAUCCCUGUAGGUCCAGGAGUCCGUGGCCAGCUGCUUGCCGCCCCUGGUGCCUGCCAUCAAGGAGGAUGCAGGAGGGAUGAUCCAGAAGUUGCUGCAGCUGCUGCUGGAGUCCGAUAAGUACGCCGAACGGAAAGGAGCCGCUUAUGGGCUGGCUGGCCUGGUGAAAGGCUUGGGCAUCCUCUCCCUCAAACAGCAGGAAAUGAUGGCCACGCUAACAGAUGCCAUCCAGGACAAGAAGAACUUCCGGCGGCGAGAAGGUGAUUUGAUUGGCAGAUUCUCCCCCUGUUCUCCCCAUCUUAACUUCUUUAGGACUUUUGCCCUUGAUGUGGGUGGGUGUUUCGCUUGCUUGGAACCUCACCCAAUGUUCUCUGCUUCCUAGAUGGCAGGCUCUUGCACUAAGGGACAUGCAAAUUUCCCCCCCUUUUUUAUUUAUUUAUUUAUUAAUGUUACAUAUGCAUACAUCCCCUUCAUGGAUCACUGCCUUGCCGUGGCGAAGGGGCUUGAAGAACUCAGAGAAGCUAUGAACUAUGCCGAGCAGGGCACCCAAGAUGAACAGGUCAUAGUGGAGAGUUUUGACCAAACGUGAUCCACCUGGAGGAGGAACCGGCAAGCCACUCCAGUAUCCCUGCCAAGAAAACUCCAUGGACAAAGACAACAGGCAUAUAAAAGUUAUGACGCUGGAAGAUGAGCCCCUCAGGUCGGAAGGCGUCCAACAUGCUACUGGGGAAGAGCGGAGGACAAGUACAAGUAGAUCCAGAGCUGAUGAAGCGGCUGGGCUAAAGCCGAAAGGACGUUCAGUUGCGGAUAUGCCUGGAAGCGAAAGGAAAGUCCAAUGCUGUAAAGAAAAAUAUUGCAUAGGAACCUGGAAUGUAAGAACCAUGAACCUGGGUAAGUUGGAUGUGGUCAAAAAUGAGAUGGCAAGAAUAAAUAUUGACAUCCUGGGCAUCAGUGAACUAAAAUGGACGGGAAUGGGCGAAUUCAGUUCGGAUGACCAUCAUAUCUACUACUGUGGGCAAGAAACCCGCAAAAGAAAUGGAGUGGCCCUCAUAGUCAACAAAAGAGUGGCGAAAGCAGUACUGGGAUGCAAUCUCAAAAAUGAUAGAAUGAUCUCGAUACGAAUCCAAGGCAGACCUUUUAACAUAACAGUAAUCCAAGUUUAUGCACCAACUACUGGUGCUGAAGAAACUGAAAUUGACCAAUUCUAUGAAGACUUACAACACCUUAUAGAAGUGACACCAAAGAAGGAUGUUCUUCUCAUUAUAGGGGAUUGAAAUGCUAAAGUAGGGAAUCAAGAGAUAAAAGGAACAACUGGCAAGUUUGGCCUUGGAGAGCAAAAUGAAGCAGGGCAAAGGCUAAUAGAGUUCUGUCAAGAGAACAAGCUGGUCAUCACAAACACGCUUUUCCAACAACACAAGAGACGACUCUACACGUGGACAUCACCAGAUGGGCAGCAUCGAAAUCAGAUUGAUUAUAUUCUCUGCAGCCAAAGAUGGAGAAGCUCAAUACAGUCAGCAAAAACAAGACCUGGAGCUGACUGUGGCUCAGAUCAUCAGCUUCUUAUAGCAAAAUUCAAGCUUAAACUGAAGAAAGUAGGAAAAACCACUGGGCCGGUAAGAUACAAUCUAAAUCAAAUCCCUUAUGAAUACACAUAGUGAGGAACAAGUUUAAGGAUUUAGAUUUGCUAGACAGAGUGCCUGAAGAACUAUGGAUGGAGGCUCGCAACAUUAUACAGGAGGCAGCAACGAAAACCAUCCCAAUGAAAAGGAAAUUCAAGAAAGCAAAGUGGGUGUCUAAUGAGGCCUUACAAAUAGCGGGGGAGAGAAGGCAAGCAAAAUGCGAGGGAGAUAGAGAAAGAUACAGGAAAUUGAAUGCGGAUUUCCAAAAAAUAGCAAGGAGAGAUAAGAAGGCCUUCUUAAACGAGCAAUGCAAAGAAAUAGAGGAAAACAACAGAAUGGGAAGAACCAGAGAUCUGUUCAAGAAAAUUGGAGAUAUGAAAGGAACAUUUCGUUCAAAGAUUGCCAUAAUAAAGGACAAAAGUGGUAAGGACCUAACAGAAGCAGAAGACAUCAAGAAGAGGUGGCAAGAAUACACAGAGGAAUUAUACCAGAAAGAUAUGGAUGUCUCGUACACCCCAGGUAGUGGGGUUGCUGACCUUGAGCCAGACAUCCUGGAGAGUGAAGUCAAAUGGGCCUUAGAAAGCACUGCAAAUAACAAGGCCAGUGGAAGUGAUGGUAUUCCAGCUGAACUAUUUAAAAUUUUAAAAGAUGAUGCUGUUAAGGUGCUACACUCAAUAUGCCAGCAAAUUUGGAAAACUCAGCAGUGGCCAGAGGAUUGGAGAAGAUCAGUCUACAUCCCAAUCCCAAAGAAGGGCAGUGCUAAAGAAUGCUCUAACUACUGCACAAUUGCACUCAUUUCACACGCUAGCAAGGUUAUGCUUAAAAUUCUACAAGGAAGGCUCAAGCAGUAUGUGGACCGAGAACUCCCAGAAGUGCAAGCUGGAUUUAGAAGAGGCAGAGGAACCAGAGACCAAAUUGCAAACAUGCGCUGGAUUAUGGAGAAAGCUAGAGAGUUCCAGAAAGACAUCUACUUCUGCUUCAUUGACUAUGCAAAAGCCUUUGACUGUGUCGACCACAGCAAACUAUGGCAAGUUCUUAAAGAAAUGGGAGUGCCUGAUCACCUCAUCUGUCUCCUGAGAAAUCUCUAUGUGGGACAAGAAGCUACAGUUAGAACUGGAUAUGGAACAACUGAUUGGUUCAAAAUUGGGAAAGGAGUACGACAAGGCUGUAUAUUGUCUCCCUGGUUAUUUAACUUAUAUGCAGAAUUCAUCAUGCGAAAGGCUGGGCUGGAUGAAUCCCUAACUGGAAUUAAGAUUGCUGGAAGAAAUAUCAACAACCUCAGAUAUGCAGAUGACACAACCUGGAUGGCAGAAAGUGAGGAGGAAUUAAAGACCCUUUUAUUGAGGGUGAAAGAGGAGAGCGCAAAAUAUGGUCUGAAGCUCAACAUCAAAAAAACGAAGAUCAUGGCCACUGGUCCCAUCACCUCCUGGCAAAUAAAAGGAGAAGAAAUGGAGGCAAUGAGAGAUUUUACUUUCUUGGGCUCCAUGAUCACUGCAGAUGGUGACAGCAGCCAUGAAAUUAAGAGACGUCUGCUUCUUGGGAGGAAAGCAAUGACCAACCUAGACAGCAUCUUAAAAAGUAGAGACAUCACCUUGCCAACAAAGGUCCGUAUAGUAAAAGCUAUGGUUUUCCCAGUAGUGAUGUAUGGAAGUGAGAGCUGGACCAUAAAGAAGGCUGAUCGCCAAAGAAUUGAUGCUUUUGAAUUAUGGUGCUGGAGGAGACUCUUGAGAGUCCCAUGGACUGCAAGAAGAUCAAACCUCUCCAUUCUGAAGGAAAUCAGGACAGAUCCUGAAGCUGAGACUCCAAUACUUUGGCCACCUCAUGAGAAGAGAAGACUCCCUGGAAAAGACCCUGAUGUUGGGAAAGAUGGAGGGCACAAGGAGAAGGGGAUGACAGAGGACGAGAUGGUUGGAUAGUGUCUUUGAAGCUACAAACAUGAGUCUGACCAAACUGCGGGAGGCAGUGGAAGACAGAAGUGCCUGGCGUGCUCUGGUCCAUGGGGUCAUGAAGAGUCGGACACGACUAAACGACUAAACAACAACAUGCAUACAUUGUCAUAUUACAUUACAGGGCUUAUUAUAAUAUAAUUUCCAACAUGUAUACUAAGUUUAUAUACAAAAUUUAUAUACCUAAAAAAAGAAAAAAAGGAUAAAAGAAAAAACAGAGACACAAAACUAUAGUAUUUGUACCAACACUACGGACUUCCUGUCAAUCUCGUCGUAUAUUUCUUUUUUUACAAGUGAAUGUACUCUUAUUAUUGUAUAUUUCUUUACAUUUUAUCUAAUACAUUCCUAUAUCAAUAUGUACCCUUGAUCUUGUUACUCAACUCAAUUUUUCUCCAACGUCAAUCAAAUGCUAGCAUAGAUAACGUACCUUUACUAUAUUUUUUAACAUAUAUCUUAUAUCUAUCCCAUUUUCCCAUAAAUUUUUGUUUUGAAUUGCUUCUCAGGCUAUUUGUCAACUGUGCCAUUUCAGCAAAUUCUUGUAGUUUAUUAUUUUCAGCAAAUUCUUGUAGUUUAUUAGGGACUCGCAAAUUUUAAUGUUUUGCAACGGGGAUCUGGUAGAACGGUUCUACUGGUUGCGCAACAGAUUUCACAGUCUUAUCACGUGACAAAGUUGCCAACGGCCUGACGCCUUCUCUUGUGCAAAAAAGUGUUCCGUUGGCACAAAACAACACUCACGGCUCACACCGAAGGAGAAACCAUGAAGCUAAGGUCCAGAGCUUGAUAGAUAAUCCACUUUGGAUGAAGACAGGAAAUGGACUGAGUGAGGACAGGAAGCAGCUGCAUACUUCUCAACUCUGAACAUUUCCUGCCUUGGAUACCAGGCGGCGAUAUUCACCCAUGUGACAGCCUGACAUGCGUCAAAACCACCUUUCAGACAAGAACAGGGGUCCAUUCCGUUGGUGCAAAACCUUUUGCCAGCAGAACAGCUGUACUGCUAAGCAACUUUAACUCAGCACUGCAUUGGAUACAACCCUUGGUUCAGACCUAGGGGGUCCCAGAGCGGUCUUGGCCUGAACUAAAAACAACCCCCUAUGUUGCAAUAAGAACCAAUCAUAACAAUACAAACACAACAUGUAGGCUUAUAGUAGAGAAUAUAUAAUAGAAUAAUGAUAUCAUUCAAAUUACAGGAAUAAGCCAAUCAAAGUUCACAUGUACAAUAUAACAGAGCGGUAGUGAGGAUUGUCAAGCUGUGUGUUCAAAACAGAUGUCUAAGGACAGUCUCACAAUAGUCUUUCAAAAGUUUCAACAGAAGGUGUCUCAAAAGUUUCAAAAAAACAGUGUCUCCGAAAUGAUACUACUGUUUCAUGAUAGUCUUCAUCAGCUGGAAAUAAGAUACAAGGCAUACAAUCGAUGAAUGAUAACAAAACUGAGCUACCUGCAUACACAUUGUAAAAUAAAGCAGAAUAUACAAAACAGAAUAAAUAAAUAAAGGUACAUACCCGAUAUUUUUCAACAAAUUGAAAUUUGAAUGAUACCAUUAUUCUAUUAUAUAUUCUCUACUAAUUAUUAGCCUACGUAUUGUGUUUGUGUUGUUGUGAUUGGCCUGAACUAAGGCAGUUGCAGCAUUUCCCUAUUUCAGGCUACAUCCAGUGGCUGGGCAUCGUGAUCUUGCUUUUUUUGAGAAGGGUGGUUGAGACAGAAAUUAGAAGGGGGUGGGGGAAGCAGAGAUAAACUUCACGGAAAAUUCCAACCCUUUCCUUCAUUUCAUGUUUUGUGCUUGCAGGCUGAGAGAAAGUUGGCGGGGACAGAGCCUCGCUUGCCAGUCCUCCCCUUGCCCUGAUAAAAGCCUUGUUUGCCUCCCAUUUAGGGGCCUUGUUUGCCUUUGAGAUGCUCUGCAGCAUGCUUGGGAAGCUCUUUGAGCCUUACGUGGUCCACGUCUUGCCCCACCUGCUGCUUUGCUUCGGAGACGGGAAUCAGUACGUCCGAGAGGUAAGAAGCGCCUGGUGUUGCCAGGGCAGUAGGUUAAGGACGAAAGAAGCAUUGCGCUGCUGUCCCCCUUCUUUUGGUGGGCAUCUCUUUAGGCUCCCGUAGGGAUUUUUUGAAACUGGAUUCUAUCCAAACGAGAUUCCUUAGAGCCAUCCUUAGGAUUCCCCCCUCGGUAGCGGGUGCGGUUAUGAGAUUAGAGGUCGGCUGGCAAGCUCUACGGUAUGUGGCCUUGAAGACGAAGCUCUGGCUAUGGCUCAAGCUUUGUUUUAAACCAGUGGGUAUUGCCCCUUGAUAUUGAGGGACGAUUUCCAAUCAUCGUGGGAAAGGGAGGUCAUUAAUGAGGUUCAAUCCUGCGGAUUGUCUCACCUCUACUUUGAGUCUAUGACGUACAAUCAAGCUAGAGCUGUGAUCUCCCGGAGACUGAGUGACAUUGCCAGACAAGAGGACAUAGCCCAGGUAAAACCAGGGAUGUUCCUAGGGGACCAGAUUUAUCGGACCAUACCAGCCCCCUACCUUGCAGAAAUCCAUUAUGUGGAAUACCGUAGACUUCUUACAGCGGCUAGAUUAAAUGUCCUUGACUCUGCGAUAUUGUGGGGAAGGUACAGGGGGGUACCAUACGCCCAGAGAACCUGUCAUUGUGCCAUGGGUGUGGUUGAGUCCACUGAACAUAUUCUCUUGACUUGCCCUUCUUAUGCAGAGCUUAGACAAAAUUUUAUAGACCCUCUCCUAUGUCAAUUCAGCUUCCUACCCAGAGAAAACCAGGUUUUACACUUGCUGAAUAACGCCACUAGAGCUAUACCUUCCGUGGUGGCCAAAUUUCUCUUUUUAGCUUUUAAGCGUCGCAAGACUAUAAUUGACUGUAUUGAUAUGGGGCUAUCUGUUUAGCCCAUUUUAGUGUUGGCUAAGUUUUAAAAUCUUCCUGGAUGUUUUUAACUGUGUAUUGAUAAAAUGUACUUUUUUCUGACUGACGGUCGAAUAAAAAGGAUGAUGAUGAUUGCGCUGCUGGAUUAGGCCAAAGCCAGUCACCCACCCCCUGCCCAGGUCCAGCACCCUGUUCCACAUGGUGGCAGUAAAGGUAAAGGUAAAGGGACCCCUGACCAUUAGGUCCAGUAGCGGACGACUCUGGCCGAGGGAGCCGGCGUACAGCUUCCGGGUCAUGUGGCCAGCAUGACUAAGCCGCUUCUGGCGAACCAGAGCAGUGCACGGAAACGCCGUUUACCUUCCCCCUGGAGUGGUACCUAUUUAUCUACUUGCACUUUGACGUGCUUUCGAACUGCUAGGUUGGCAGGAGCUGGGACCGAGCAAUGGGAGCUCACCCCGUCACGGGGAUUCGAACCGCCAACCUUCUAAUCAGCAAGCCUUAGGCUCUGUGGUUUAGACCACAGUGCCACCCGCGUCCCGAUGGUGGCAGUAACCUUCCCUUAUUGCAUAAGAACAUAGGAAGCACCUGGCUGCAGGAUCAGGGUCAUCUCUUCCAGCAUCCUGUUCACACACUGGCCAACCUGAUGCUGCUGGACAUAACAAUCUCUUAAUUAGCAUACUUAAUGCAGUAAACACCCAAGAAGGAAUUCCUUAAAACUAGGUGAAAAUCAGAUAAGAGCGCAACUGUAUAUCACGAGCAUAACACCUUAAAAAACAUUAUGUGGGUCCUGACUGGAGACAGAGAAACUCGCUCCAGUCUGCUACUGCUGAUAAGCAUAAAAAUGCAUGACAAAUAAUUGUAUGGUGAUUCCCUUGGCCCAGGGACAGCCAGUGCGGAGUCCUCUGGAUGUUAAUGGACUCCAAAUCCCAUCAGCCCCAGCCAGCAUGGCCAGGAAUGAUGGGAGUUGUAGUUCAGCAUCACCUGGAAGGCACCACAGUGGCUACCUCACCUUAGAUUUAGUUUUCUGGUGCCCCCACCCCUGCAUACAUGGUUCAUUGCUGGUGUGAGACUGAUCCUCCAUAAUGUUUGGCUGCUGGAUCUCGAAGUGGGUUGAGGCCAGUUGUGACUUCUCCGUUUCCUUCCUUUGAGGCCGCGGACGAUUGCGCCAAGGCCGUGAUGAGUAACCUGAGUGCCCACGGGGUGAAGCUGGUGCUGCCUUCGUUGCUGGCUGCGCUUGAGGAGGAGUCUUGGAGAACCAAAGCUGGUAAGAACUUGGGACUGGGUUCGUUUUUCAUUUAAGGGAAGGGAGGCUGACUGACAGCUUUUGGAAUGGCUGUAGCUCCUUCGUUCUUGCAGGAAGAUUAUACCAGCGUUGCCUUAUUUUGCUCAGGUAUUAUUCUCUGCAAAGAGCCGUCCUAACUAGAUAGGAUCUUUACAGCUUCUGGGAAACCUUAGGCUCUUGAAGUUUAUUGUUUAAGUAGUGGUAGCAGCAUAGCUGUCAACUUUCAGAUUUGAAAAUAAGGGAUCAGCAGCCUCGAAAAAAAGGGAUCAGCAUCCUCACCUGUCCCGGGGACAGUCUACGGGUUAUCUAACAAUCCGGGAUAGCAGUGGGAAGCAGUGGGAAACAGCGCUGGAAUAAGGGAAUUUCCUGCAAAAAAAGGGAAGGUUGACAGCUAUGGGUGGCAGGGUCCAUUGAGAAUGAAAUUUAGUCUCUGUUGGCCACUGUUUAUCUUAGCUCUCCAAAACUUUUGAAGCUGCAUGAUGACUGCAGGUGUAAUCCUCUGUACACUUAAUUUUGGUCGAGGGAGGUCCCACCGAGCUUGGUGGAUAUGACUUCCUAGUAAGGCUGCCCUGUGGACUGACUUCUAACUCUGCCUCUGUCUAUCGAUCUAUCUAUCUAUCUAUCUAUCUAUCUAUCAUCUAUCUAUCAUUCCAUCAUUCCCUGCCUUCCUGCUCUUCCCCACCAGGGUCAGUGGAGCUGCUGGGUGCCAUGGCUUACUGCGCCCCCAAACAACUCUCCUCCUGCUUGCCAAACAUUGUGCCAAAACUCACCGAGGUGCUCACAGACUCCCACGUGAAGGUCCAGAAGGCUGGGCAGCAGGCGCUCCGGCAAAUUGGGUCGGUUAUCAGGAACCCCGAGAUCUUGGGUAAGAGCUUGUAGUUUGUGUUUCUGUGUGGACUAGCAUCUUCCUCUUGAGGCGUGCAAGGUAGAACAAAUGGGACCACAUUGCAAAUUAAAAAUAAAGCACAAUAAAACAUGAGAUUCAGGGAGCCAGCCAGCCAGCCAACCCUACCCUACCCUACCCCAGGAUACUCCAUUCCCCCACCUAUUUUCCGCUCCAGAUAUUUGGCGUUCCAUGGUCCCUAAGCAUACACAGUUCUCAUUGGGCUGUUUCAACAGGGGUUGCUCCUUUGGGAUUCCCUGCUCCCAUUUCCCCCUCCAUAGUUCUGAAAAUCGUGGGGUUCCUCCAGGCCUGCUGACAUCUCCCUCUUGUUUCUCUGUGACCCCGUUGCGUAGUACAUAAUGGCUUGGACUCUACUGAGUUUGCUGUUGAAGGGAGCAGGUAGAACCAAGCAUGGAGGUUGGAUGUAUCAAUGGCUACUAAUUAUGGAGUCUGGAUAGAACCUCCAUGUACUGAAGCAGUAUACCUCUGAAUACCAGCUGCUGGCCUCUGUCCAGAAUGGAACAGGACUUUAUAGACAUCUAAUGAAACCUUGAAUCUAGCCAGGUCGAAAACAGGCAGCUGGUGCAUCACUUUCAACAGAGGCGUCACAGGUUGUUUCCAGCAGCAUUUUGCAUAUGGGUUACUAAUAUAUGGACUGUUGUUGCCAAGCUAUCAGCCGGCUCUUUGCUCUGAUCCUGACCAUGUCCUCCUCCUUUUCUUCCCCUCCAUGCAGCGAUCGCGCCUGUCCUGUUGGAUGCCUUGACAGACCCAUCCAGAAAGACGCAGAAGUGCCUGCAGACCCUGCUGGACACAAAAUUUGUCCAUUUCAUUGACGCCCCUUCACUGGCUCUCAUCAUGCCCAUCGUCCAGAGGGCUUUCCAGGAUCGCUCCACAGACACAAGGAAAAUGGCUGCCCAGAUCAUCGGCAACAUGUACUCUUUGACGGAUCAGAAGGUGAGCUGGAGAGAGGCUUCAGAGCCAGGGGUGGGAGCCUUUUUCCGGCUCAGGGGCCACAUUAUCUCCUGCGGGGGCCACAUGCCAUUGGUAGGCGGGGCCAGACUCAAAAGGGGGUGGAGCAAUGAAUGUAAAUUUUACCUUCGUACAGCAGGCUAGUUUCUACACACACGCCUCUCUCUGUCCUCCGUCUGGACAAACAAGAGCCCUUGUCGCAGGUCAAAGACACAUCUCAGCCAGGCAAAAACAUGCAAUAGAUUCAGGGUAUGAAACUGACAGCCAGAGGCAAGAUGAGUUCUGUAACUCCUGACAUCCAUUCAUCUCCUAUGUGAGAUGCAACGAUCAAUCAAGGCAACCUCCCCAGACUCACAGAAGCACCUGGAGACUUAUUGGACUUGAAUUGUUCAUAUGCAUCAUAAACUUGUUCCGAGUAGUGGUUCCAACCUUAAGACGCAGUUAGGCCUCUUUUUAAGAAAUGACAGACAGAUUGUUGAUGUUGCCUAUUGUCGUUUAAAUUAUUUAUAUGAAAAAGCAAUGAUAGAUAGAUAGAUAGAUAGAUACAUACAUACACAGAUAGCCAGUGCAUUUUUCUGGGGGGAUGCAGGGGUACGCAUACCCCUAAACAUUUCGUGAAUCAUCAAUCUUUAUUACGGUCCAGAGACCCAACAAAUCAUUACAAAUCAAUACACAAUUCAUACAGCCUACCUCCAGGUUAAACAAGCAUUUUGUUUAGAAUAUAGGGCUCAUUUGUUCUUGCAACCACCGAUAAAAACUUUGCCACUGCUAACGUUCUAGCAUUUGUCCAGUCUUCCAGUAGGAACCUGACAUAGUGAACCUCUGAUUUUCUCGGGAAAGGUACCAGCAAGGGUAUUAUCAGUUCAGGCUUGGCUUGCUCAUAUUUUGCACAAUGCAACAAAAUAUGUUUUAUGGAAUCGAUGUCUUGAGCACACGAGCAAAGUCUGUCCUGGUAGGGAACUCCUCUCAACCUACCAUCCAACGCUGCAGAGGGAAAGACAUUUAGUCUGGCUUUGGUGAAAAGCCUUCGGUAGUUUGGUACUGUCAGGUUUUUAAUGUAAGAUGUUAACUUAAAGACAUACCCAUAUUGAACUCCUACUGCCAGCGGACUACAGACUGCGUGUGAUCGAGAUCACAAGUCACUGUGUGCAUUAUCCCAUAAUCUUUGCUUUAGAACAUUUUGUGAAUCUAAGUUUGGCCUCACAUAGUUUGGCCUCAUGAGUAGGAAAAUGAGAGUCCCCUAAACAAAUUUUUUUAAAGAAAAAAAGCACUGCAGAUAGCUAUAGAUUUAGAUAAAAUAUGCAGGGGGUGGAUCAUGACUGGUCAGAGGUGCAUCCUGGGUACGGUUCCGAGGGCCAGAUAGAAAGGCCUGGAGGGCCACAUGUGGCCCCUGGAUGUGUUGCUCCCCAUUCCUACAGGAACUGCAGCAGAUCCACAUACAGGCCAUGACUUUGCUGUUUGUUGCCUCCCCAGCUGUGUUUGGAGGGGGACUGGAUGCUAAGUGAAAAACAGGGCGCACAUAUUAUCUGCGCCGUUUGCCAUCUGCACCCUUCCAAGGUCCACAUGCACUGAUCCCAAAAUCCCAAUUUGUGAUGUUCAUCCCACUUAACCUGUCCACCAUCUCCAUUUCAGGAUCUGGCUCCUUAUCUGCCCAGUGUGACCCCAGGUCUGAAGGCCUCUUUGCUGGACCCGGUGCCUGAGGUAUGCCAUCUCGGUGCAGUUCCUUCGUUAGGUGGCCUUUCCCCCCUCACCUUUUCCUCCCUGUUUCCCACAAUCCUUUCCUUUGGACUCUCAGGUGCGCACGGUAUCCGCGAAGGCGCUGGGAGCCAUGGUGAAGGGGAUGGGCGAGUCUUGCUUCGAGGACCUGCUGCCUUGGCUGAUGGAGACCCUGACGUAUGAGCAGAGUUCGGUGGAUCGGUCUGGGGCCGCCCAAGGCAAGGACAGCAGGCUGUUUCCUUGAUAAAAACAAUGGAUUUGGCUGCGAGGGAGUUGGGGGCUGGUUGCCUGCUCAGCUUGCCAGCAUGUUGGGCAGCCUCAGGCAAAGUUAUUUACUUAUUAUGGGAGAGAGCCAUUGUGGUAGUGUGGUUAGAUAAGAGUCUUGGACCAAGACCCGAGAGAAAAGGAUUCAAAGGUGGGUUGUGCUAAGAAGCAGUGACCGGCCCCCAAAGUCACCCAGUGAGCUUCACAGCCGCCACAUAGGGAUUUUGAACACGGGUCCCUCCCGGGUGCUAGUCUGACACCACACCAGCUUUCAAGUUACUCUCUGCCCCGUCGCACCAUUUUGCAAGAUCAGGUUUCUAAAUGGCCUACUUCGCAAAGUUGUUGUGAACAUCGAAAAUCUUGGAAGCUGCUUUAUAUGCUGAGAGAGACUUAUUUGUCAAUGUAGAUUCUGUGCCAAUAUGCGCUCAGCCAUUUUGCUGUGGCUCCUCACCCACAAGAGACGGGGUUUACCUCACCAAGGCAUUUCAGAUUCUGCUAUUCCUGGGCAUGGGUGGGGCAGGAAGCUGUAUACAUCAUUGAAGUCCUCCAGUCACUGAAAUCCCUUGCAGGCUCUGGGAUUUUACCAGAGGCUGCCCACACAUUGUUUGAUCACACCUUCACAAACAUAUGGGCUAGCUAUUUGCUUUGUCUUAUUAAACCCAGAAAAGUAAGAGAUUCUCAGAAGGCUGUUCUGAACCCAGUGGCACAUUCUGCAUUUCUAUGGGCUCAUACCUUUUGCGGGUAUACACACCCGUGCGAUCCUGAGCAAGAGAGUUACACCAAAACACACCAUCUUUUCCAGGUCUGGCUGAAGUCAUGGCUGGCUUAGGAGUGGAGAAGCUGGAGAAACUUAUGCCAGAAAUCGUGGCUACAGCAAGCAAAGUGGACAUUGCCCCCCAUGUCCGGGACGGUUACAUCAUGAUGUUCAACUACCUGCCCAUCACCUUUGGGGACAAGUUCACACCUUAUGUUGGGCCCAUCAUUCCUUGCAUCCUUAAGGUAGGAUUUUCGGGGCAGGUUUUUGAUCCUUCCAUCCAGAAGGGAUGGAGGCUUGCAUUCAAGUCAUGAGAAUGGAGGAGCCUCCAAGUCUCUGACGGCUGGAGAUUCCACUCUUAGCUCCUGUGCUGCGCCCACAAAACCAACCCUUGUUGCUAAUUUGUACCCUCCUAUUUAGGCGCUGGCAGACGAGAACGAGUUCGUGCGGGACACGGCUUUGCGCGCUGGGCAGAGGAUCAUAAGCAUGUACGCAGAGACAGCCAUUGCGCUCCUCUUGCCUCAGCUGGAGCAAGGCCUCUUUGAUGACCUCUGGAGAAUCAGGUUAGAGCCGACUUCCCAUUCAUGUGGCUUCUCACUUGCAGGGAAUCUCACGGCCUAGGACCCUCGUACCUACGGGACCGCCUCUCCUGGUAUGCCCCACGGAGGACCUUAAGGUCCAUAAAUAGCAACACCCUAGAGGUCCCGGGCCCUAAGGAAGUCAGAUUAGCCUCAACCAGAGCCAGGGCCUUCCCUACACUGGCUCCGGCCUGGUGGAACGCUCUGUCUCAUGAUAUCAGGGCCCUGCGGGAUCUGAUUUCUUUCCACAGGGCCUGUAAGACAGAGUUGUUCCGGCUGGCCUUUGGCUUGGAGUCAAUUUGAUUCCCUCCCCCUCUUUCUUUUUUCCUUUCUCCUCCUGUGAUGAGGCUGCAUUUUAAUGUUUUAAUGUUGUAUUUUAAUCUUGUUUUUUAAGUUGUAUUCAUUCAACUUGUUUUUAUUAUUGGUUGUUAGCCGCCCUGAGCCUGGCCUUGGCUGGGUAGGGCGGGGUAUAAAUAAAAUUACAGUGGUGCCCCGCAAGACGAAUGCCUCGCAAGACGGAAAAACCGCUAGACGAAAGGGUUUUCCGUUUUGAAGUUGCUUCGCAGGACGAAUUCCCCUAUGGGCUUGCUUCGCAAGACGAAAAUACCAUGCGAGUCUUGAGAUUGUUUGUCGCUUUUCCCCCUUUAUCUAAUCUGCUAAGCCUUUAAUAGCCUUUAAUAGCCUUUUAGCAGCUAAUCCCUAAGCCUUUAAGCCUUUAAUAGCCGCUAAACCGCUAAUAGCGCUAAUAGCGCUAAUCCGUCAAUGGGCUUGCUUCGCAAGACGAAAAAACCGCUAGACGAAGACUCUCGCGGAACGGAUUAAUUUCGUCUUGCGAGGCACCACUGUAUUAUUAUUUAGAAUGGGGACAGAGAACCUCAUACACAGGGGACCAAUGCGACCCUCCAGUCCUCCCUCAGUGCCCCCGGGGCUCUCCAGAGGCCACACCCACACUCCGGUCCUGCUUUGCUGUUUACUUAUUUGUUCUUGCUCGACUGGGGUGUGUACAGCUACCCUACUGUACAAAGAUAGAAUUCACCCUCAUGGCUCCACCCACUUUUGUUUCUGACCCUGCCCAGGGUCAUGUGACUCCCAGAGGUUUUGCAGAAGGGAAUGCUGCCCUCUGCUGAAAAAUGCUUUCUCAUUUGUGCUAUACGUCAAUCUUGCCUUACCUGCCCUCUUUUUAAAUUUAUUUUUCAAACAGGUACAGCUCAGUUCAGCUACUUGGGGACCUCCUCUUCUAUAUUUCGGGAGUCACAGGGAAGAUGACAACGGAGACGGCUUCUGAGGACGACAACUUUGGAACAGCCCAGUCCAACAAGGCAAGUGCUGUCCUUUCCUCUCCUGGCUGCUUUGAGAACAAACAGCUGGAGCCCAGACUAGGCAAGACAGUGGAUAUUUGCAGUGUUAAAAACUCAGGUGUAUAAGCCAAAUGGCACCUUAAACUUAGGUUACGGUUGCCACAACAGAAGGUCUGUUCGCCAGGGGGUUGGGCUAGACGACCCCUUUCUAACGUUACAGUUCUACAUUUCUAUGAUUCUUUUGUCUCGGCUACAUUGCCUGACUGUAGCUUGCUCUUACAACAGUUCACUUGUCCCAGUAUGCAAGGAGGAGAAGCACACACAGUGGAAAUGGAAAUGGUAUUAACCAUGGACUAGGGCAGAGGUUUUUAAACUGCGGUUGCCAACCCUGACACCCAGAAAUCUCAACGUGCAGUGGUACCUUGGUUUAAUAACAGCUUAGUUUAUUAACAACUUGGAUUAAGAACACUGCAAACCCGGAAGUAGGUGUUUCGGUUUGUGAAUUUUGCCUUGGAAGCAGAACAUGUUCCACUUCCUGUUGUGUGUGUUCCAUUUGUAAUUUGAGUCCCCCGCUGCUAUGGGAAAACACGCCUUGGUUUAAGAAUGUUUUGAUUUAAGAACGGACUAAGUUCGUAAACCAAGGUACUGCUAUACUUGCAAUUGGACCUGCACCAGUAGCAAAACACACAUGGCACCUGGGGAAUUUCAAACACUUGAUAUAUAACUACCCUCUUUUUUCCUUUUCGCUCUUUUUUUUUUAAAUAGCCGCCGCCAACCUUAUAUUAAAAAACCAGUGCCUUUUGCUUCACUGGUAGAUCUCUCCUCCCAAAAAAUAUUGCUUUCCCUUCUUUGGGGGUAGGGAAUGUGAAGAGAUGAACGAUAUGAUUUGAGAUCUCCCAAUGAAUGCCUUCCCUAGUUUGGCCCUGUAGUAUGUUUCUUGCUAGUGUGAAACGCAGUGGGCUUUAUCCAGAUAAAUCCUCCUCAGAGGAGAAGACUCAUAGAAAUCCAUGCAUCUUAUGUUGUUGUUGCUGCUCGUUUGAUUUCUUACCUGCCCUCCACCGUGAGCUCCCAGGGCGCUGGUUACAACAGUUUUAAAGAAAUAAAAUAUUAAGAAUGGUUGAAGCAGUUUGCAGUCAUAAGAACAGCCUGCUAGAUCAGGGCAGUGGCUCAAGCAAGGUGGCAUCCUGUUCUCACAGAGGACAAGAGCCCUCACCCCUCCUGUGGUUUCCAGCAACAGCAUCCUGAAGUAUUACAGCCUCCAAGUGUAGAGGAAGGGCAUAAGCAUUUUGGUCCGUGGCCAUUGAUAGCCUUUCCCUCCAAGAGCUUGUCCAAUCCUCUUUCUAAGCCAUCCAAAUUAGUAGCCAUCACUGCUUCCUGCAGCAGUGAGUUCCAUUGUUAAACUGUGUGCACACAAAGAACGCAUACAGUUUCAGUGGGCCUACUCUCAAUGUGUUUAACCCUGGAUGCAAACCGAAACUUGUUUUCUUGGCUGCACCUCUUUUUUUUUAUUUAAAAUAACACAUUCUUUUUUAUUUUUCCAGGCAAUCAUUAACGCGCUCGGAGUGGAGAGGAGGAACCGGGUGCUGGCGGGGUUGUACAUGGGCCGCUCGGAUACGCAGCUGGCCGUCCGCCAGGCAUCCUUGCACGUUUGGAAAAUCGUCGUCUCCAACACGCCUCGCACGCUCCGCGAGAUUCUGCCAACGCUCUUCAGCCUCCUCCUGGGAUUCCUGGCCAGCACCUGUGCGGACAAGAGAACAGUUAAGUCUUGGGGCCAACCAACUUGACUCUGCCACUUUUCAGGUGUUAACAGAGUUUCGCUUUAUGAUUCUGCAACGCAGGGGUGCCAACUUGAAUAAAAUAUUGUGGGGGUCCAGGUAAGCCCCGCCCCCCAUAAUUGAUCACAUGGUGCAGUACACACACACACACACUCUCUCUCUAUUUGAAUGGGAAUGUCCACUGACUUUGUGGGGGCUCGGCCCUCUCAAAUAUUUUAUUGUGGGGGCCGAAGCCCACACGGCCCCUAGUACAGUGGUGCCUCGCAAGACGAAAUUAAUCCGUUCCGCGAGUCUCUUCGUCUAGCGGUUUUUUCGUCUUGCGAAGCAACCCUAUUAGCGGAUUAGCGCUAUUAGCGGUUUAGCGGCUAUUAAAGGCUUAGCGGCUAAAAGGCUAUUAGCGGCUUAGCGGCUUAGAAAAAGGGGGGGAGCGAAAAAAAUCGCAAGACUCGCAAGACUUUUUCGUUUUGCGAAGCAAGCCCAUAGGGAAAUUCGUCUUGCGAAGCGCAUCGAAAAACGGAAAACCCUUUCGUCUAGCGGGUUUUUCGUCUUGCGAGGCAUUCGUCUUGCGGGGCACCACUGUAGUUGGCUCCUACGCCACAAUGUAGUGUUCAUUUGCACAAAAUUGGGACUGUGGGGAUCAGUGCUAGAUCGGUUGAAUUUGUGGAUUUCUGCUAUGUAUUCCAGUGGGACACAAGAGUCUGUUGGAUUUCUGGGAGCAGGUUAGGCAUGUGGGAUAAAGGGAGACCUCAGCCCCUCAUAAUGCGUAGACUUUACGCACGUGUAAAAUGGUUAUCUUCUCUCUCUCAAAAUCUCCAAAUGAAUCUGAACUUCAAUGUCUAAAAUCCCUGUUGGAGUACAAGGAUCCUGAGAUCAUGUUAAGGGUAGCCAAAUUCUGUACGAUUGCCAUAAAACUUAGGGAACAAGCUGUGCUAUCAUAAUGAUUAAGGUUUUAAAUGAUAAUUUUAGGUUAUAUGUUAAUGACUAAGUUUUAAUUUAUAUAUUUUUUAACUGUUGCUAUAUCUGUAUCGUCCCUGUUUUACCUAAUUGCAAAUUCAGAUGUAUCCCUAUUGUAUUUUAUGAUUUCCUUGAUAUUGUAUGUGGGCUGGAACUGGUCUGUGACUGAAAUAAUCAAAUUCAAAUUUCCCCUCUCUCUCAUGGAGGGAUUGUUCCCUUUUUUCCUCUCUACCUUUUCCUCCACCUUUCUCCUCGUCCUUAAAACUUGGAAUGUGAGCUCCAUGAGGCAGCGAUCUGUUGCUACUCAGUCGAUAGCAGAUACCAACCUAUCAGGUGGUCUGUUUCAUGCAACAUAGGAGUCUUGCCUUUGUUGUGGCGACACUGCCCUGUGGAAGCCCUUCUUGUUGAAUAUUAUACAGGGGUCUCUUUUGUUGCCUUUCCGGCACUCACUGAAGACCUUCCUUCCCCAACACAACUUUUUAGGUAGAGAUUUUUCAAAGCCUGCAUCUGUAUUGGAAUCAUUUAGCAGAUGCUUUAAUUGUUACAACCUCUCUCUUGUAAGAAAAAUUGUUUUAUCACAUGUGUUUACUGCCCUGGGCUCCUUCAGGAGGAAGGGUGGGAUAGAAAUGUAAUAAUAAUAAUAAUAAUAAUAAUAAUAAUAAUAAUAAUAUUUGGAAAAGCAAAAUGGGACAUUUACAGUGAAUAAGAGUGGGGACAACCAGCCCUUCCAAGUGCAGUUUUUUUUGCUUCUUUUAAAACCUUGUGACCGGCUCUGUUUUGACACACCUAAAACUCUAUAUCGGCAGAUCGCAGCACGCACGUUGGGAGACCUUGUCCGGAAGCUGGGGGAGAAGAUUCUUCCAGAAAUCAUCCCCAUUUUGGAGGAAGGUCUGAGGUCGGAGAAGAGUGACAAGAGGCAAGGAGUCUGCAUUGGCCUGAGUGAGAUCAUGAAGUCCACCAGCAGGGAUGCUGUAAGUUCUUGCUCACAGCAGCGGUAACUUAGAACCUGGUGGGCUGGGCUGCUUUAGUUAUUUAUUUUAGUCGUCUUUAUUAUUAUGCUUUACAUAGAAACCAAAAUAAAAAAGAAGGAGGAUGUAGUUAACUUAAGGAAUGCCAGAAGAUAGUAAAUAUCCAAAACCAAAAUCAGACAAAAAGCGGAUUUAACAUAUUUAAUCAAAUUCAGAGUUCCAAGCAACAACUGCUCUAGUAAAUUAUGAAAAGAUUCCGUUUUUCCACAAGGACGUUGUUAUCUUUCUUCUCUGUUUAUUAACCAUAUUUCUAAGUUUACCAUGUUCAAAACUUUAGUUAUCUAUUCUCUCAUAGAACCUUUUCUCCUUUUCUUCCCAUUUUGGCAGAUAAUAAUUAUUGAAGUAGUCAGGAAAUGUAUUAAUUCCAAUAGUGUAGUACUCUGGGGUUGUGGGGGUGGGUCAAAGACGCUCGACUAUUUCUGCAGCAGGGUCCUUGUCUCCAGCGUCAGUGGGCAUGAAAGGAGAGCUUUGUAGCCCCUGAGAAGUCUUCUCUCCCUUUGUGCUGAUUGGAGCCGAUCAGAGCGAAAGUAGGCAAACCAACCACUGAGGAUGGGUUCCUAGGGUCCUUCUGGAGAAGGUGCAGGGAGAACACUGAGAAGAAGCUGUUCUGUAGGCUCCAAAGCUAAGGGACCCUGAAAACACCAGGUGCUUCAGUUUCAAGGCAAUUGUGUGCAUGUGUGGCACUGUGGUCUAAACCACUGAGCGUCUUGGGCUUGCCCAUCAGAAGGUUGGCAGUUCGAAUCCCCGUAACGGGGUGAGUUCCUGUUGCACUGUCCCAUCUUCUGCCAAUCCAGCAGUUUGAAAGCAAACCAGUGCAAGUAGAUAAAUAGGUACUGCCACGAUGGGAAGGAUAAUGGCGUUUCCAUGCGCUCUGGUUUCUGUCACAGUGUUCUUUUGCACCAGAAGCGGUUUAGUCAUGCUGGCCACGUGACCCAGAAACCUGUCUGUGGACAAACGCCGGCUCCCUCAGCCUGAAAGCGAGAUGAGCGCCACAACCUCAUCGUCGCCUUUGACUGGACUUAACCAUCCAGGGCUUCUUUACCUUUUAACCUCUUUCUAUUAUGUACAAUGGAGCUUCACAGAAAACACAACUUUGCAUAGGUUUCCUAGGAGUCGAUUGCACCUUUUCCCAUGUGGAAAGAAACCUUCCAGAACCCUCCUGAACUAAUCAGAAUAGGAAAGAUCUCUAGACAUCAGAUCAAUACUUUCUGUACUAUGAAAUGAUAACUUGACUUCACCUUUCCCCUUGUACUCGCCAUGGAAAUCCACCCAGCAGUGGUCUUCAUCUGCCCCCUUUCCAGGUGCUGUGUUUCUCAGAGUCUCUGGUCCCAACAGUGAGGAAAGCUCUGUGCGACCCUUUGGAGGAGGUCCGGGAAGCAGCCGCAAAGACCUUCGAACAGCUGCACUCUACCGUCGGGUACCAGGCUCUGGAAGACAUCCUGCCCUUCUUGCUGAAGCAGCUGGUGAGCGCAUCAGAAGUUCUUUCUUUCUGUGUCCUGUUGAAUUAGGAAAUAUAUGCAGCAGUAGCUCUCCUUAUUUUGAGGUGCUGCAGAGAACACCCCAAAAAUAACUUCAGAACUUGGAAGGUGGACUAAUUGAUGAAAGCUAAGUGGGAACCUCUGUGUAUAGAGACAGCAAAUCUCUGAAUGUCAGAUGCUGAGGACCAGCAUCAUGGCUUUGGGGACUUCCAGGGGCAUUUGGGUGCUGGAAGAUGAAUCGCUGGGCUUGGAUCAGGGCUGGGGAACUGGGAGUUAGCAGAAGUACAGAUUCUCCCACCAUUGGCUUAAAUGGGUCCCCAGCAACACCGUUCUUGACAUCUUAUGUCUUUGCUGUUGGGGAUGGAUCUGGCAGUGGGAGAGGAUGGGGCAGGCCUCCCCCUGUAGUGGCCAGACCAUCAAUGGAGCUGAUGAAAUCCGAUUUCAUGUUUAAGGUGUUUUUAGCUUCCUGGACAAAGGGACGCGGGUGGCGCUGUGGGUUAAACCACAGAGCCCAGGGCUUGCCGAUCGGAAGGUCGGCGGUUCGAAUCCCUGCGACGCGGUGAGCUCCCGUUGUUCGGUCCCUACUCCUGCCAACCUAGCAGUUCGAAAGCAUGUCAAGUGCAAGUAGAUAAAUGGGUACCGCUCCGGUGGGAAGGUAAACGGCGUUUCCGUGCACUGCUCUGGUUCUCCAGAAGUGGCUUAGUCCUGCUGGCCACAUGACCCGGAAGCUGUACGCCGGCUCCCUCUGCCAAUAAAGCGAGAUGAGCGCCGCAACCCCAGAGUCGGUCACGACUGGACCUAAUGGUCAGGGGUCCCUUUACCUUUACCUUCCUGGACAAGUAAUGCUUACAAUAAUGCUUGCAGUGGCUGUAAUGGGUGUACAUACAAUGGCUUCUUUCCUUUUCCUCCUCGUAGGAAUGUGAAGAGACGUCGGAGUUUGCUCUGGAUGGCCUUAAGCAGGUGAUGGCUGUGAAGAGCCGAGUGGUGCUGCCUUACUUGGUGCCAAAGGUAUGUGUGUGAACACUCCCCCCUGCCCCACCCUUUAUGUAACCUUUGAAAGGUGAGUCCCUCUCAGCUCAGUUCCUGGAUAAGCAGUUGCAAUAGCUCAGUUGGAUAGAGCGUGGUGCUGAUAAUCCCAGCGUUGCACGUUUGAUCCCCAAAUGGAACAGCUGCCUAUUCCUGCAUUGCAGGAGGUUGCACUAGAUCAGGCUUCCUCAAACUCGGCCCUCCAGAUGUUUUUGGCCUACAACUCCCACGAUCCCUAGCUAGCAGGUCCAGUGGUCAGGGAUGAUGGGAACUGUAGUCUCAAAACAUCUUGAGGGCCGAGUGUAAGGAAGCCUGCACUGGAUGAACCUCAGGGUCCCUUCCAACUCUAUGAUACCUUAAAAUAUCUUAAAACUUUUCAAGCACUUACAUGGAAAUCUCAAGGUUUUCGAAAACACAUAUUUCCAUCAGGAGUGAGGAAUGUCUGACUGGCUCUUGGAACUCUCCUCCAUCCACACCCCUCACCAGCCCUAAAUUAUCACCCUCCUUGAGUGUUUUUGCCUGGCUGGACUGUGCCCUUGAACUCUGACACUCCCUGGAUGGGCGACAGAGAGAGAAGGGUGUGUAGAAGCUAGCCUACUGUUUAAAGGUAUAAUGUGUGUCUUGUCGCCCUGCCCACUUUGGCCUCUGGCCCCUCCUACUGCUGACAUCUGGCCCUCAGGAGGGAAUGUGGCCCUCAGGUAGGAAAAAAAAUCCUACCCAGGUGUAGGUGGACCCUCCAGAGCAGGCAUAGGCAAACUCGGCCCUCCAGAUGUUUUGGGACUACAACUCCCAUCAACCCUGACCACUGGUCCUGUUAGCUAGGGAUGAUGGGAGUUGUAGUCCCAAAACAUCUGGAGAGCCGAAUUUGCCUAUGCGUGCUCCAGAGGGCCAGGAUUUGGCUGCUUAUGUAUUUCCCACUUUUCUUACGAGGAGCUAAAGGUGGAGUGCACGAUUCUCCUCUCCCAGUUUUAUCCUGACACCCAUCCUGUAACGUAGUUUAGGCAGCAUCUGGCCCAAGGCCUCUAUGUACUGAUGCACAAGAGAUAGGGAUGGCCACCAACUUGGACAGCUUUGAAAGGGAGCUAGACUUCGCUCACAGAGGAUAAAGCUUCCAGUGACUGCCAGUUGUGGUGGCAGUGUUGCUGCCCCCAGAAUCGGAGGCAGUAUGCUGGGGAACAUGGCUGGGAAAAUGCUAACGGGCUCAGGUCCUGCUCGUCUACUUCCUGUAUAUGAAACAGGUUGCUAGACUAGACAGGCCAUUGGUCUGAUCCAGCAAGGCUCUUCUUGCAGCAUUCAGCGAGGUUGUGGCCAAGCGGGAAUUUUUAAAAUAUAUUUUUAUUAAUUUUCAACAUAUCAUUUUCAACAGUAAUCAGCAUUUUAACAUCUUACACAAUUUUUUUGACUUCCAUCAAUCUCAUCUGGAAAUUUUCCAAUCUAAUCACUAAAUACACAUUUCCCACUUCUUCAAUUACAUUUAGCUCAUAACUAAUAUCACUGUUCUUUCUCUAAUUUGCAACGCUUCAUACAUUUCUCCUUACACAGCUUCUUGUAGUCCUACUAGCGUAAUUUGUUGGUUACAGUUGCUCUUCAAAUAGUUCGUAUAUGUCUUCUAAUCUUCUGUAAAUCUCUGGUCCCGCAGGUUUCGAAUCCUCCCUGUCAUUUUAUCUAAUUCUGCAUAGUCCAUUAAUUUUGUUUGCCAUUCUUCUUUCAUUGGAAUCUCUUCUUGCUUCCAUUUCUGGGCUAACAAUACUCUUGCCACUGUUGUUGCGGGCCAAGCAGGAAUUUUAAUCUGGGUCUUGCACGCUGUAUGCCAACACUCUACCCGCCGUGACACCAUGGUUCUGAGUGUGCACACUCAAGAGCAAGCCUAUUGGUUGGUUGAUGUGCAAAAGCACCCUUGGGAAUUUGGGGUCACAGAACAGUGUCUGGGGUCAGUGUCCGGGCUGUAGGUCAGACAGAGAUGGGGGAACCUGUAGCCUUUCCAUUAUUGUCGGACUCCAUCUCCCAUCAGCCCCAGCCAGGGAGGAUGGGAGUUGUAGUCCAACAAUGUCUGGGGGGCUGCAGGGUACCCCACCUGUUACAGGUCAGUAGUUUAAAAUAUUCUUCUUAUUUCUAACUUCUUGUUUCCCUUAGCUUAUUUCUCCUCCUGUAAACACCAGAGUCCUGGCCUUCCUUUCAUCUGUAGCUGGCGACGCUCUCACCCGGCACCUUGGCGUGAUCUUGCCUGCCAUGAUGUCGGCGCUAAAGGGGAAGCUUGGGACUAACGAAGAGCAGCAGGUAAGAAUGUUUUUGGAGAGAAAGAUGAGCUGAAGCUAUUUCAUUUUCUCCAGUGUGCUCAAGGUGGCAUACAGGGUUCACACCUCCUCCUUUAAUCCCCACAACAACCCUGUGAGGUAGGUUAGGCCAAGAGGCAGUUACCGGUCCAAGCCCACACCCAGUGAGCUCCAUGGCCAAGUGGGGAUUUGAACCUUGGUCUCUCCCAGGUCCUAGUUUAAACCACUACUCCAUGCUGGAUCCCCAGCUAGAGUCUGGCACUGAUAGGAAUUAUGUUUUCUGUUUCUCACUGAGCAGCUGCGUGGAGUCAUAGACUCUGUUUACAUUCCUGGGAUUCCAUACUAUUGGAGUCUCACGGGAAAGGAGACGGGAUGUGACGUUAGUGGUUUCCUGUUUCCUUUGUUCCUUUGUUCAGUUGCUCUCUGCUUUCAUAGAGAGAGUAUGUCUUUUCUGUUCUGCGUAGUUUAGAAAUAAAACUCUUUAAAAUGUAGCUCAUACUGUCUCAUCCUUCCCUGUGCUGGGAGGACGUGCCUUGGAGCCUCAUCAAAGGCUCGAGGUCGUUAAACACGUUGGGAGGCGAUUCAGAAGAAAAGCCUUAUCAGCUCAGUCGAACGGAGUUCCAACAAAUUCUAGUCCAAAGCAGCAGUAGCGCACCGGGUUGGUGAAGGAUGCUGGCAGUGAUGUUGCAAGUAGAAGGUGGCACAGGAACAGAGAAGCCGGGGAGGGACAGAGAAGACUGCCAGUCAUUGAGCUGCCAGUUGGCCAUUGCCAGCGAUAGAGGAUUUGUAUCAUUUCUGUGACAUCAUUAUUAUUAUCAUUGAAUUUAUCAAUUGCUUUCUAAACCACGGUCUCAAGGUGAUUUACAUAUAAGAUGGUUAGAAACCAUCAAGACACCAAAACAACCAAUACAACCAAAUAAGGCUAAAACCCAACAAGGGGGCACUUGUGGUAAAGACCCAUUCAUUCAGAUGGGAAAACCUGUUGGAACAAAAACGUUUCCAGUUGUUUCUGGAAAGUGCAGGUAGUGGAUGCUUGUUGUGUCUCGCCAGGAAUGUUGUUCCACAGAACAAGGAUGGACACACUAAAAGUCCUGCUCCAAGUUACUCCAGAGGAGGCUUCUGAGAUCUUUGGAAUGUGGUCUGCAGGAGUUUCUCCUAUAGGGUCUAUAGAGAGGUGGUCUCUCAAGUAACCAGGCCUUAUAUUUUAGUGCUAGCACCUUGAACUUGGCCCAGUUGUAGAUUGGCAGCCAGUCUAAGCAAGGGGUUAUGUCCCAGCAGUAGUCUGGCCCCACAAGCAACAUAGCCAUCGCAUUCUGUAGCAGCUGCAGCCCCUGGGGCAGCCCCACAGAAAGCGAAUUGUAGUAAUCCAACCCUAAACAUGUCGCUCCACCACCACUGCCUUUUGGUCUUCAUAUGUCCAUUGAACUGUGUGACUAAAUCCCACCUUUAAGAGGGCUCACUAAAUGGGGAGAAGAGGUCUAUUUCCUUUAGGCUUUGGACAGCAAGGUGAAGGGAUCUCUGGCGUGCUAUAUUGGGAAGGACUCGUUCCCAGCAUAAAGUUGCGGCCAAAAACCAACAGGACACCCAUUGCUUUCCCAGGAGAUGUCAAACUGCCAGGUGGUCAUCCUGUCGGUGGAGGAUGAGGCCGGGCAGAGGAUUAUAAUCGAGGACCUGCUGGAGGCGACACGCAGCCCCGAGGUGGGGAUGAGGCAGGCAGCCGCCGUCAUCCUCAACAUCUACUGCUCCAAGACGAAGGCCGACUACACGGCCCACCUGCGGAGCCUGGUCUCGGGCCUGAUCCGGCUCUUCAACGAUACAAACACUGUGGUUCUGAACGAAAGCUGGGAUGCUCUCAAUGCCAUCACCAAGGUAGGAGGAGCCAGUUGCUUCUGAGAGGAUGAUGAUGCUGUGAUUGGUUCAGGGACAUUAAAAUUGAAUUAGAUAAAUUAAAAUUGAAUUGAUUAGAUAGAGUUUGGUUAGACACUCGGAAGAGGUGAUCUCUGAUCAAUCAGUUGGUGGAUUUUUACCGUGUUGUUCUUAAGGCAACAGCAUUGUAAUGCUAUUAUACAAAGUAGCAGUAUCAAGAAAGUUGAUUGCAUUCCCAAGGGCAAAAGGUUUGCACCUUGCACCCUCUUGAGGGUGUGGGCAACAUCUGAAUGUUGUUGGGAAGUUCUGUAAUCGGGGAUGCAGGGAAGGCAGCCACCACCAGGAAGGCCCUGUCUCACAUCAUCACCCGCCCAGCAGAAGCUAAAGUUGGAAUAACAAGCAGGACAUCCCCAGCAGAUCUUAGUGCCUGUUCUACCUCGCUGUUGGCUGCUAGCUGUGAUGGAUAUGCUUUGCCUCCACAGUUGGAGGCAGCAAUGCUUAUAAAGACCAGUUGCUGGAAACUGCAGGUGGGGGGGCGUCCUGCUUUUGGGUUUCCCACAGGCAUCUGGUUGGCCACAGUGAGAACAGGAUGCUGGACUAGAUGGGCCAUUGGCCUGAUCCAGCAGCAAGGCUCUUCUUAUGUUUUUACGCUGGAAGCAGUACACCCCUGAAAUACCAGGCCUUCCUUGUGAGCUUCCAAUUGGGGCAUCUGGUUAGCCGCUAUGAGAACAGAAUGCUGGACUAGAUGGGCACUUUUUGUUGUUGUUUAGGGCUGUACAGUGGUACCUUGGGUUAAGAACUUAAUUCGUUCCGGAGGUCUGUUCUUAACCUGAAACUGUUCUUAACCUGAGGUACCGCUUUAGCUAAUGGGGCCUCCCACUGCUGCCGCACGAUUUCUGUUCUCAUCCUGAAGGAAAGUUCUUAACCCGAGGUACUAUUUCUCGGUUAGCGGAGUGUGUAACCUGAAGUGUCUGUAACCUGAAGUGUCUGUAACCCAAGGUACCACCGUAUCUGCUAAUCCUAGUCCUAUCUCUGCUUCUUCCCCCAGAAAUUAGAUGCUGGCAACCAGCUGGCUCUCAUAGAGGAUCUGCACAGGGAUAUCCGUAUGGUAGGCAAUGAUGCCGGUGGAGACCACGUCCCUGGGUUCUGCAUUCUGAAAAAGGUAAGAGCUCUGAGCUCCGGUGGGACCCUGGAAUGUUAUGGUGAUCCCUGCUCUUUUCUGGAUUUUUAAUCAUUGUUCAUUUUUCUGUUGUUAUUAUUGUUAAGCCCGCAAAAACCUCUCGAGAAGAGUGCAAGGCAGGGCUGCCAGCCUAGGUGAUCUUUUCCUUCUUCUGGCUGUGAGAGGGGGAGAAUUGGAGUGGUGGUCGAGGGCAGUGGCACCCUGGGGUACACCUUGAAUGAUGGUCAGGGGUGCCUUGGGCAACACUGGCCUCUGUCCCUCUUUCCUUCCCUCCCUGCCUCUGAUGCCCUCUCGCAUCUCUGCCUCCCAAACACUUGCACAGUUGUGUGUUGCAGCGGCCCUGGCUACAAGCUCCUCUUGGUGCCUCUGGGGCUGGUCAGGGGGUGCUUCCCAGGCCCCUGUGGGGCAGUGUGAGGAGGCACCUCUCUUUGGGGUGGAAGGGGGCAGCUCAGGGACCAGGGACAGCUGCAGCAGCUGCCUGGAGGACUCCCAAGGAGAAGGGAGAAGAGGCUGAGGGAACACUCCACAAGGGAGGGUGUUCAAAAAAGGGUGAGGGGCUGCCAGCUCUUCAGGUGACAGAACUGGGAUCCUGAGCCCCACAGGGGUGCCGCAGAAAGAAUGGAGUUGGUUAAGGGAGCUGUGGAAUCAAAAAAGGUUGAAAACCUCUGGUCAAGGGACUUCCUUGAAAAGGCAGGCAGGAUGAUUCGUUGGCUGACUAGAGCAGGGAUGGGAGACAUCUUUCAACCCAAGGGCGGCAUGCUCAGUGAUGGGUGGGUGGAGCCAGAGGCAAAAGCGGGCAGAGAAAUGGGUGCAGAUUGUACCAUUGCUCAGGAAGCUAGUCUUACCCCACACUCACAUGCCCCUCUCUGUCCUCCAUCCAGGCAAGAAAGAGACAUGGUCAGAAUUCAGGGACACUUUCCAGCCAGGCAAAAAGCACUCGAGGCUGCAAAGCAGGGUUAUUGAGGGGUGAGGCCUGGGGAAGAGGGCGUGGCUAAGGGGGUGCAGGUCCAGGGGAGAGUCCUGAAAGCCAGCCAGAGGAGCCUGAAGGGCCGCAUUUGGCCCACACACCUGGAUGAGGGACACCACUGGAAUCUCAAAAGAAAACCACUCUGGUCAAGAGAAGGGAAAGCAAACAGUGAGAAGUGAAUAUGGCCCCCUUAGGAGCAGGCUGAGGUCUCCCUUUCUCUGCUUCCUUUCCCCCACUAGCUGAGCAGAGCAUAAAGGAACUACUACUACUACUAUUAUUAUUAUUAUUAUUAUUAUUAUUAUUAUUAUUAUUAUUUCCCCUCUUUAUUUUCAACUUUCUUGGGCACGUGAAACUAACCACAAUUACCUUGAAUUUCUGCUUAACCCUCAAGAACGAAGGGCAUUUUCGCUGGCCAGAUUUAAUUCAGAUCCAUCAAACCUCCUUUGGGGAAGGUUCUCAGGCAGGGUGGAAGGAGAAAGAACUUGCCCAUGGAAAGACCACCUGGUGGAAACCCUUACACACAUGGUUCUUAAUUGUAAACUAUAUGCUGAUCUCCAUCAGCAAUUUCUAGAUCCACUCUGUAUCCCCAAAUGGAAACCAGAGUUGGAGGUCAUACAUUUUCUAUUACUGGGGAAUGAUCAGGAGCUCACCGAGUUAGUGGCUAAAUAUCUCUAUUUGGUUGUUUGUCGUCGAAAUACACUGCAGACGUCUGAUCUCCUUGGAGACCUAGAGAUGUGAUGAUAGACUGCUCUGCCUCCUUUCUUUUAGCAAAUGUUUUGUGCCACUGGGGAAUUCCGUAUUGAUUUGUUUUGGAUGUUUGUGAUGCCAAUAAAAGGUUUGAUGAUGAUGAUAUUAUUAUUUGUAUAUUGCCCUAUACCUGUGGGUCUCAGGACGGUUACAACAUAAAAUCACAAUAUAAAACACAAAACUCUUACGACUUCCCUAUUCAUUUAUUUUCCCACUUGUCUUCUUCCUCCCUCCCCCACCCCUUUUAACACAGGGCGUGACGUCCAUCCUUCCUGUGCUUCGGGAAGGAGUCCUGACGGGCAGCUCGGAGCAGAAGGAGGAGGCGGCCAAGGCGCUGGGGCUUGUGAUCAAGCUGACCUCGGCCGAAGCCCUGAAGCCCUCUGUCGUGAGCAUUACGGGGCCGCUCAUCCGUAUCUUGGGAGACCGGUUCAGCUGGAACGUCAAGGUGGCUCUGCUUGAGACGCUGAGCCUUCUGCUGGCGAAGGUAAGUGGCAAGCGCUUUGGGCGGUCGCUGUGCUUGAGAAACAUUUUGAGAACGGUAUUAUCAGAAUGAGAUCCUCUGCAUUGGAGGUUGAGGAGCCCUGCUUAGAAGCUGCGUGCUUCUUUCCUCCAGCUUUCCUACUCACAGCAGACCUCUAGUGCCGAAACCUUGAGGAGCAGCCCCAGUAAGAUCAGCCUGGCAAACAAGCCAACAGAAAUCACAAGAUUGCUGUCCCACAACAGACCCCCAUGUUAAUGAUUUGUAGCCUGAAAGAGAGACCUUUACUCAAAUUGCUUUGAGUGAUUUUUGCAAAACAAAAUAGGGUGUAAAAGUACAAAAUAUAGAGAAAAGUUGGAAAAAGGAAAUGAGAAAGAUACAGUUUACCAAAUAUGACAUUAGACCCACAUUGAGGAUGAAGGAAGUCAAUUAGAAAAGAAUAAGAAUUGAAAUAUGGGUAUACAUUUAUUAUUUGUUUUGUAUCUGUAUUUUUUUUAAAAGUCUGUUGUGUGUGUUUGUGUUGUAAUAAUAAGCUAAUAAAAAGCAUAUACAUAAAAAAGGGACAUUUAGUUUUUUAAAAUCACAUUUCCUGGCCUAGUCACCUCUAAGAGAUGCUUACUUGCCAAAGGCGACUUGCUUGGCAGGGGGUUGGACUCGAUGGCCCUUGUGGUCUCUUCCAACUCUAUGAUUCUAUGAUUCUAAGAAAGUAUCUGUUCUCCCUUUUUGCUGGGCUGGCUCAGUCGGGAGAGCAUGAGACUCUUAAUUUCAGGGCCAUGAGUUUGAGCCUCGGAACUUGCCCUUUAAAGCAAUCCCGUGGGUGUGCUCAGAAAUUCCAGGAAGAGCCCACUAUGCUUAAAAUAGUCCACAAGGCUCUUCUUUGUGCUCCAUUCUUUUGUAUUGGCUUUGAAUCAGAAACCAGAGAAUUGAUGGGCUGCCAUGUUUUUUUGGAAGCGGCGGUCACACUUUUUUGCCGCUGGCUCUGCUGAUGUGCUUUCUCCGACACAUUACAGGUGGGCAUUGCUCUGAAGCCGUUCUUGCCCCAGCUGCAAACCACCUUCACGAAGGCGCUGCAAGACCCCAACCGCAUUGUCCGCCUGAAGGCCGCCGACGCCCUGGGGAAGCUGAUUGCCAUGCAUGCCAAAGUCGACCCGCUAUUCACUGAGCUGCUGAACGGCAUCCGAACCAGCGAAGAUUCCGGCAUCAGGCAAGUGAGAUCCUGGGGGGCUGAAGUGUCGGGGGACCAGAAGCCACGCGGAGUGGUUGCUUCCUGUCUCUUGGGGCAGGAGGGGUAUCCUGUAACGAGGGACUUCUCCCAGGCAGGAUUUCCAAGGCUUAGGCUUGACUUGAAGGAAGUGAUUGUCCCUGACCGGCUGGCGGACCUAACGUUUCUUCCUGCUUUCCAGGGACACGAUGCUCCAGGCCUUGCGGUUCGUCACUCAAAGCGCUGGUGCUAAAGUUGAUGCUGCUGUUAGGAAGAACAUCACCACGGUGCUCCUGGGCAUGUUGGGACACGACGAGGUAUUUUUAAUUACCCUAUAUACUCGAGUAUAAGCCGACCCGAAGAUAAGCCGAGGCACCUAAUUUUAGCACAAAAAACUGGGAAAACUUAUUGACUCGAGUAUAAGCCAGUUCACCACACCACAAACCUGGUAGUGGCGGCAAAGGCGGAGGAGGAGGAAGGAGCAGCCUGAAAGGACCCUCACUUGAGUAUAAGCCGAGGGGGGCUUUUUCAGCAUUAAAAAUGUGCUGGAAAAGUCGGCAUAUACUCCAGUAUACGGUAGUUAGAUUUUUGCAGCAGCUGAUCUGCCCCAUAUUGUGAGAAGGCUAAUAGCUCAGCGAUGGCCUAAAGGGACGCUGCCUCCAGCCUUGGAGAGCCACAGCUAGUUGUAGUCACAGAUGGGCCAAGGGCCUCUGGGCAGCUUUGUGUGUGCUUGUUGAAAAAAAAUAUUACCACCUUUUUCUCCUGCUGUUCUUCCAAGGAGCUCAGGGCCACAUAUACAGCUCUUGAUAGGAUUUGGUCUUGACUGAAGUUGAGCUUAGCAAUGAAUCUCCACUUAGAGCAGCACCUUUUAUACACCCUGAAUGUGAUCACGUGGAUACUUUGCAUUUAGGAAAACGAGGACAUUUAUUAAAGGAAAUACUUAGUUGAUAGAACUAGGCUAUUUUCAUCUAACUAAGGUGGGGGUGCAAAGAGCCCUGCUUGUUCUUCUGUCUCUAUAGGGGGAGGGAGGGAGGAAAGAUGUCUCAUCCCCCAAGGGUGGGAAGGCAGACGUGAGAACAGCAGCCCUAAGGGUACCAGUCCAGCAUCAAACCUGCACAGGAUAGGAAGGUUGGAGAGUCUUCUCUCAAUCUUCUUUAUCUCCACCUUAAUACAAGAUGAGUUUGUUUCCCAGGACUUUCAACAAGUCCUCUCUUCCCUGUUUUUCCCCCCGGGCCUCACUCGAUUAAUUUUUUUCACUUGUUCACAAAAUGAACUCACCCCUUAAAAUCGAGUGAUUAACACAAGAGUGACUGCAAAAGAGAUCUCAAAGGGAGGGGGCGUCUGGUACGAGGGCGACCUCAUGCUAUUCUUUUGCAGGCAUUAAGCGUAUAGGAACAGAACCUAGAGAAACCCAAGUGUGUUCCUGCUAGAACUUCUGUUUUGCUGGAAAGCCUCAAUGUUACUUGAAAUAUUUCCUUUUAGGAUGCCACCCGUAUGGCCUCCGCUGGCUGCCUGGCAGAGCUGUGUGCGUUUCUGUCGGAAGAAGAACUUGGCAGCGUUCUCCAGAAUCACCUGUUAGGUAUGGUUUUGCAGGUGGUGCAGAAUGAUUCCCAGGAGCAGAAAAGGUGUCCUCCCUGCUUGUCACCAUAGAGUGGUCCAGACCUGGGUGGGGAAACUGUACUGUCUUCUCUGUCCACUAGGAGGCAGUAAAAAAUAUUAUGAUUGGGGCACUCCAUUACAUGCACAAUGACAACAGACAUGCUAGGGGUUGGGUUGGUUGGAGUGCCCUGGUUCAGUUCUUAAGUUACGGAUUUUAAAUUUACACCGGGAAAGCUUUUUCAGGCCAUUGCCCCCUCGGUUGCACAAACACAUUCCCAGUGCCCCCUACUCUCUAAAAAAAGGAUUGUUCAGAAUAGUAGUUUCCACAACCCACUAAGGAAGAUAAUAACACAAUAAAAUUCAAAAGAGUAACAAUUGAUUGCACAUUUAUUCAGCAUGCAAUUAAGACUGUUUACUUUACUUAACAAAAUUGACGAACUUGAUCAUUGAUUGAGUUUAUAUAUUGCUCAAUACCCGGGGGUCUCAGGGCAUUCGACAGAGUAAAAUCAAGAUAUAAAACCACAAAAUACCUAAUAAAAGUAAAAACAACAACCCAAUAGGCCCCCCCAAAAAAAACACAUUUUAAAAGGGCAUAGGAUGUAAAUCGGAUCAACCAAAGGCCUGGUUAAAAAGGAACGUUUUUGCCUGGCGCCUAAAGGUAUAUAAUGAAGGUGCCAGCCAAACCACUCUGGGGAGAGCAUUCCACAGACGGGGAGCCACUGCAGAGAAGGCCCUGUUCUCGUGUUGCAACCCUCCUGACCUUGAUUAUCUCAGGGUCUGGGUAGGUUCAUAUGGAAAAAGGCGGUCCUUGAUGUAUUGUUGUCCUAACAUCUAUUCAAAGUCGGAUAGCCAUUUACACCUCCUGUGCCCCCCACCCCGCUGUCCCCUUGCCUCUUAGUGCCCCCUUCAGUAAUCCCAGGGGGCAGUACCACCCAGUUUAGGAACCAUUGUUUUAAAAUGAUUGGCAUCCUGAAAUGCUGAUGCCAUCCAGAUUGGGGGGGGGGAGGAGAGGAAGCGUUGGCCUGAUGCCAGGCUCAGAAACUCUCUUCCUUCGCUCCUGCAGCGGAUGUCUCUGGCAUUGACUGGAUGGUGCGGCAUGGGCGCAGCCUGGCGCUUUCCGUGGCUGUCAGUGUGGCCCCCGGCAGAGUGUGCGCCCCCAAAUACAGCAACAGUGUCCAUGAAAUGAUCUUUAGCAAUACUACUGCGGACCGGGUAAGCGUCUCCUUCCAGCGUGGCUGCCGGGUGCUUCCUAACAGCUUUCUGUUCGGCCUUAAAUCCGGGAGGCCCUGAUCUGAAAGACAAAACGAGCACUGCCUCGAGGUUGCGAGGUCCAGUGGCAAGGAGUUCCGAAUGUCACUUUCCUGCUUCUUCUUCUCCAGAUCCCAAUUGCAAUCAGCGGCAUCAGAGGGAUGGGUUUCCUGAUGAAGUACCACAUAGAAGCCAAUGGGGGAAAUCUGCCCCCCAAACUCUCCAACCUCUUCAUUAAGGUGAGCCCCUUUCUGAAUGUAUGGGAUGGAAUUUGAUGGUCCACAUGUGGCCCUUGACGCGUUUUUUUUGGGCGGACCGCAGCAAAAUCUGACACCCCAGCUUUGGUGAAAUGCGAGGGGGGGGGGGUUAGCUCUAGGACCCUGCCAGAGCCUCAUGCCUCCUUCCAAAAGCCUGGCACAGUGCCUGCUUCUAGUCUGACCCAUGCAUUUGAAAUGCAGCUUGGAACUUGUAGAAGGGUUCUGAGGAGUUUGGAUUGGACUCUUUCAAGGGGAAUGAACACAGAGGGAGGCGGGCCCAGAAAGGAUCCGUAAAGGAGCUGUGCCAACGUUUUGGCUUUAUAUAAUUUUAGUGCCGCGGGGGCAUAAAAACCCCCUUGAGUUCUAAAAAAAUUAAGGGUAGCAUUUGCAGAUCUUUCUCUGGCACACCCAUUUGAGUUAAUAUGAAUUUUGUUGGAUCCUGAUGCCUGGACCACCAUUCCUAAAUAUUUAUAGUUUAGACUUGUUCUAAAUUUUGGCCUUGAAGUUUCCAGUUUCUGAGCUUUGGUUUUUCCCCAAAAGCAAGAAUUUUGGUCUUCUGAUAAUUUAUUUUGAGGCAUUCCGUCACACAAUAGGCAGCUAAUUUUCUUAGUGCUCUUCUAAGCCCUAUGGGGGUUCUGGAUAGUAUUACCGUGUCGUCUGUGUAAAGCAGAGCCGUGAUGUGCUGGUUUGCUAACUUCAGAGGGUGAAAGUCAAGGUUAUGGAGAAUGGUUACCAAGUUAUUUAAAUAAAAAUUAAAUAAUAAAGGGACCAAAAGGCAUCCUUGCCUAACACCCGUAAAUGUUUUGAUGGGGUCUGUUAAGAACCCUAGCCGGCUGAACCUGACUCUAAGGGCCGUAUUUGAAUGUACUACCUGAAUUAAAUAUAGUAGCCUUCUAUCGAUGGUAGUGGCCCUAAGCUUGUCCUCACUGGCACAAUGCUUAAUCCAGCUUUGGGAAGGCAGCAUUGAGGGUUGAGGGGGGUGUCAAAUUUUGACCUCGCUCCCCGCCCCCAACCUGGCACAACAAGGCAGUGUGCGGCCCCCAGGUUCCAUGUUGAACUACUCAUGCAGCCCACUUGGUAUAAAAGGUUAGACUGUCCUGCCCUAGAGCAAGAGGCUUGAGUGAUACCAGCAGGUUCCAGGAACCCUCUUCAUUGUGAGAUUUAGUGGGGUGAUGUAGGAGUUUGCUUGGGGCCAGGAUGGAGGGUUGGAGUCCUGCGUGAGAGCCAGGAGGCUGAGAGGUGCCGAGUGUGUCAGGAGGAAUUUGUAUCAGGAUACAAUUAGUCAUUUGUAUUAUCCCCUAGGGAUGCGGGUGGCGCUGUGGGUUAAACCACAAAGCCUAGGACUUGCCGAUCAGAAGGUCGGCGGUUCGAAUCCCCGCGACGGGGUGAGCUCCCGUUGCUCGGUCCCUGCUCCUGCCAACCUAGCAGUUCAAAAGCACGUCAAAGUGCAAGUAGAUAAAUAGGUACUGCUCCAGCGGGAAGGUAAACGGUGUUUCCGUGCACUGCUCUGGUUCACCAGAAGCGGCUUAGUCAUGCUGGCCACAUGACCUGGAAGCUGUAUGCCAGCUCCACUGGCCAGUAAAGCGAGAUGAGCGCCGCAACCCCAGAGUCGGCCACGACUGGACCUAAUGGUCAGGGGUCCCUUACCUUUACCUUUAUUAUCCCCUAGCUAUUGCCUAGGAGAGAGGCCUUCUCGGUGGCUGCUCCCAGACUUGGGAACUCCCUUCCACUGGAGGCUAGGCUGGCCCCUUUUUCGUUUUCCUUUUGCGGGCACACAAACACUUUUUUUCUUCUGACAGGCCUGUGGCCGCCACCGACUGUUUUCUGACGGUGGGUGUCCUGUGACUGUAAUGUGUUUUCACUUUUUUAAAUUCUGAAUUGUAACUUGUAAAUAUCAUCAGUCUUUCUAAAGUCAACUUGUAGUUGCUUGUGUUGAAUUGUUUCGUUAGUAAAAAUUAGCUUCCUGGUUCUUGGUCGGAACUGAAGUGUGUGUGUGUUUACCCCUGCAGUGUCUUCAGAAUCCAUCCAGCGACAUCAAGUUAGUGGCAGAGAAGAUGCUCUGGUGGGCCAACAAAAGCCCCCUUCCUCCCUUGGAUCCCCAGACCAUGAAGCCCAUCCUCAAAGCGCUUCUGGACAAUACAAAAGACAAGAACACCAGUGUCAGGGCCUAUAGCGACCAGGCCAUCGUCAACCUCCUGAAGAUGCGAGAGGGCGAGGAAGUGCUUCAGGUAUUGGCCCAUCUUGGAGGAGGAAGUCAGUUUCUCUUCCCCCUCUCCCCUCCCUUCCGCAUGCUCUCUACUAAUUGGCAGAAGCAUCUUCUUCCUAAGUUGUAAAAAUCUCCCACUGUGCUGGUGGUAACGCCAGCUAAGUCCUUUGUAGUGUGUGAUCUCUGUCCUCUCUGCUCACCCCCUUGAUACGGAACUGUGGACCUCCAUUCCCCCACCUCCAGCUGCCUCCUCAGAAUGACGCCGCAUCGCGCUGUCACAUUGUUUAGGGAUGAUAUUUAUUAUUUCUAUGCAGCCCAUUUGACCAGGUUGCCCCAGUCACUCUGGGCAGCUUCCAACAAAUUAAACCACUGUAAGACACCAGGCAUUAAAAACGUCCCUACGCAGGGCAGCUUUCAGUUGCCUUCUAAAAGUUGUAUAGUUAUUUACCAUAUUUACUCGAAUCGAAUGCUCACCUUUUUUGGCUAAAAUGCAUCGCGAAAAUUAAGGUGCGCAUUACAUUUGAUGGCACAUUUACGUUCGCCAGCAAAUACCUUUUGUGGAUUCAAGCUUCUGAAAAUCGAGGGGUAUAUUAGAUUUGAUGGCACAUUAGACUCUAGUAAAUACGGCCUUUCCUUGACAUCUGGUGGGAGGGCGUUCCACAGGGUGGGCGCCACUACCAAGAAGGCCCUCUGCCUGGUUCCCUGUAACCUCACUUCUUGCAGUGAGGGAACCACCAGAAGGCCCUCGGAGCUGGACCUCAGUGUCCGGGCUGAACGAUGGGGCUGGAGAUGCUCCUUCAGGUAUACAGGGAUAGAAUGGGAUGUUCUGCUGCUGCCUGUCCAGAAAUGUUUGCUGCCUCCCCAGAUUCCUAACUGCCGCUUUCGUUUUCCACUUGUAAAUUGGACGCAGAACAGGAGGAAGAGGGUUUUCACUCAGCCUUAGCUUUAAUUGCUGAUUGGUCCAUUUGGGCAAACAGGUAACUGCCCCACCAAUCCCCACCUGCCCUUAGCCAGUUCCCCACCUGCCUACCUUCUUCUUACAACCAGUCAGGGCGUGGCUGUGCCCAUCCAUGGCUCUAGCUCCACCUAUUGCUGAUCUCCUUGCUUUCCCCCCUGCCAGUCCCAGUGAGCAUUAGCCGCCGCCAUGAUGAGCCACAGAAGCGGGCUUCGUGGCCACCUCCCACACCACACACCCUUUCCUCUAAUAACAAUUAUUUCCUGCAGUCCGUCUCCAAGAUCCUCGAUGCCGCCAGUCUGGAACUGCUGAACGAGAGCUGCCGUCGAUCCCUGAAGAAGCUCGCUAGCCAGGCCGACUCCAUCGAGCAGAUUGACGACACGAUCCUGACGUGAUUUUCGAGGCGCAGAAGGGAGAGGUGGCCCUUGUUACCCAUCACUGCAUCAACAUUACAACUCAAAACACCAGUGGAAAUGUUUUCAUUUUCGAAAAUGCUAAAUUCUGAUGGGAGCUUAUGGAAAACAAAGAAAAAAGGGCUUCCGGAGUAUUUUAAUAAAGAAAUAAACCAGAAUAGCCUUAAUAAGAGUUCUGAUAGGUUAAGUAAAUAAAGAAAUAGAAUUUGGCUCCCCCCACUUUAAUUUUUUUUUAAAAAACACAGAAUUACAUGGUGAAGGAGUCCUAUCAAUUGUGAACCGGUAAUUGGUAGUUGGUCCUGUUGUGAAUCUCCCUCCCGCACCUUUGUGUUAAAGGAGCAAUUCCCACUCUGUGUAAGUGGAAUUAAAGAGUUCUGUGGAAGUUGAGCAGUUUGUUUUGAUGUACUGCUGAUUUGCUGCUGUUGUAGCUCGGGGGCUGCAAAUUCUGUAAAUCAAAACUUAAUUUAAAGAGCCUCAGAAAUUAGAGGCGAAAGGGGGAUGAAAAGUAGGCUGUUUGGGUGACAGUUUAAUAAAAAGCUUUGAAACGAAAUUGGUGCUAAAGCAUUAUUUGCAGAUACGCACUUCAGCAUGGCACAGAUAUGGUUUGCUGUAAUUCAUUAAAAAGAGCUACUUGUGGUUUUCUAGAAUCCAGUGAUGUGCUUCCAGGAUCAUAAGGACUUUCAUUGGAUAGUGAAAUCAUUUUUAGCAAAUGCCUUAGCAAGGUUUUCGUCUUCCUCUCUGUCAGUUGGUGAGAUCAUGAGCACUGACCUUUGAAAUACCACCAGCCCUGCUUAAAAAUCACGUGCAAGGUUUUUGGUAAGAUCCCUCUCUUGUACAGAAGAUGGCAGUAGGAGACAGGGUGUGUUAUCUGAUGAGUGAGUAAAUCCCGUCUGCAGAUACUGGAUCCCUAAGUGGAAGCUCAGUAUAUCAUAGAAUUGUAGAGUUCAAAGGAACCACGAGGGUCAUCUAGUCCAACCCCCUGCAAUGCAGGAGUCUAGCGCAAUAUGUGGCUCAAACACACAAUCCUGAGCUUAAGAGUCUAAUGCUCUACUAACAGGAUGAGAAGCCGCUGGGAAUGCACACCGCUAAAACAAUUUUUUUAAUAAUUCAAAGCAUACACAAAUAACAAAACAUUUGCAAAUGCUGGCAUUGGUCUGAAGCCUCAGAACUGCCCCUUUCAGCAGAGAGAGCUGAUCACCACAAGCAAAGGGAUCCGCUCCCUUUCAGCAGAGAGAGCUGAUCACCACAAGCAAAGGGAUCUGCUCCCUGUCAGCAGAGAGGGCUGAUCACCACAAGCAAAGGGAUCUGCUCCCUUUCAGCAGAGAGCUGAUCACCACAAGCAAAGGGAUCCGCUCCCUUCACUGACCUGCAGGUUGCCGCAGGCACGUAAUUCCAUGCCUCCUGUCCCAAAUUAAAUUAAACAUCUAAAAGUUAAAAUGGC